AUGGAAGACAGAGGGGCCCGUGUUGCUGACUACUUUGUUGUGGCAGGAUUGACUGAUAUUUCAAAACCACUAGAGGAGGAAAUCCACUUCAACGAUGCUUGUCACAAGCUUGCAAAGCCAAAAGAGCCAAUCACAGAUGUGGCGGUGAUAAUUAAAUCUCUGGGGGAGGAAGUGCCUCAUGGAUACAAAUGCAUAGAUGUUACUCCAUCAGGACUGUUAGCAGAUCUCAACAAUGGCAGCCUUGUGGGACCACAAAUAUAUCUAUGCUACAGGAGAGGGAGAAACAAGCCCCCACUUACUGACUUGGGGUGAGUAAAUUUUAUUAACGUUGCUUUAAAUAUAUAUAUAUUCAAGUUGCACUACUAAGGAAUAGAGCUGCUAACUUUUUAUUUAAAAAACAUUGGUCCGUUAGGUUUUGUUUGGAGGCAGAGUUGGGGAAGAACCUGAUAGAUAUAGAAUCAUAGAAUCGUAGAAUUGUAGAGCUGGCAAUUCAGGGGAGAAACUGGAGUGGGGUCUGCUCUGAGGUGGGGUGUGUUGCUGACCUUCCUUCCCAGUGCCAUGUGUCACUGCCACUUACCGAGAUGUGGAAGUGAAAGAGCAAGGCAGCAGGAGCUUGGCGCAUUGCCGGUUCAGUGCAGACACAGUGUCAGAAGCCUUGGAUUGGUUCUGCAGUUGCACCUGUGCUGAGCAUGUCAUUCAUGCAACCCAACCCUUGCUGCUUCAUGAAUGGAGCAUAGUUGACUGUGGUCUAUUAUGGGCAGAGCCUAGCAGGAUUCCUUCCCACUCCCCGCAAUACUCCUUACCUGUUGUUUCUAAAAACCUGUCCUUGUGUUUUUGGGUAUGUCUUCUGUCUAGGGUUUUAUAUGAUGGGAAAGAGAGAUUAAAACAGGGUUGUGAAAUCAUCCAAGCCACUCCGCAUGGCCGCCCUGCAAAUAUCAGCGGUGGUGCUUCAUCGCAAAAAGUAUACAUCACAUUCCGAAGAGCCUUGGAGAACAUGACUCAGAAUACCUUGGCUGUCACAGACAUAUGCAUAAUUAUACCAAGUAAGGGAGAAACCCCACCACACACAUUCUGCAAGGUUGACAAGAAUCUGAACAGCAGUAUGGUAAGGUGGACUUCUGCAUUUGUAGAAAAUACUGUUUAAUGGAUUUAUAAUGCUUACAAUAUAGUUGUUGUUAUUAUUUAAUUUAUAUACCUCUUAAGGACAAAAUAGGCUUUUAAGUGAUUUACAAAGCAUAACAUUCAGUUACCAGUUGGCAUUAAAAAAAACCAGGUUGGAGUAGACAUAUAUAUUUCUAAUUAAUCCUACGCUCCUGUAAGAUUCCAGAGGAUCUGUGCCAGUUUCUUCUUCAUGUCUCAACAAUGUCAACUUCUCAUGAGCAAUCCGUAAUCCCUUGAAGGGUUCUCUGCUGUGUUGCAGCGUUAUCUGCUCUUUGCCCGAUGGACAAUGGUAUAAAUUAAAUGCUGCAAGCAGCUUUUUAUGAAGUUAUCUGUGCAGUCCUAAGGCAAGUACUUAAAAAAAAGUAAGACUUGCUUUGCUGGAUAGACUAAGACACACCUAGGUGGAAUCUACACACAUAUAUAAAACGCUGUGAAAAUGCUUUUUUAAAAAAUGUUUUGAAAAAUACAUUGAAUUUUGCAUAGCUCACUGACGGCUCCUAGUGUCACAUUUGUAUACUGCACUUUACAACACAUUUAAAGUUUUAUUUGCAGCUGUGUAGCUGAGUCCCUAGUUAAUUCACCUCCGUCAACCAUAUACUUCUGGAAGCUCAGUAGGGAGACACAAAACUGCAAAAUAGUUUCCCCCUCUUCUUUACUCCCAGCAUCUGAUAAUGAGACGUAGGCUGCCUAUGAAUAUGGAGGCUCAGUUGUUGUUGAAUAAUAUAUUGAAUACAUUAUUUUUGCCGCAUCAACAGGAUUGAAGAGUUCUCUUUCUUUAAGUCUUCCUGCUACUCAUUAUCAAAGUAAUAAUUGUUGGCAUACUCUAUAAAAGUUCCCUCAAGUCCUCUUUGCUGUCACAAUGUUAACGAAUCCAAUCUACUCCACCAUCUUCUGAUGCAUGUUAGUUACACAGAACACUGGGAAAGCACUUCUUGCAGGCCUUCUAAAUGAAUAGUCAAUUGCACAAAAAGUAUAUGAGAUACCAUUACUUGGUUUUCAGUAGAAUAUUUUAAAUGCAAGUUAAAUUGAAUGGAUUUCUGGUGAUAGCAUUUGUUCAAUAGGAACAGUAUGAUUCAGGUGCACUGUGGCAUGAAAGCCUGUGGCUAAUGCACUGCUGUUUUCCAUCAUUUUUGCUUUUGUGUGAUCAAAUCAUUGUCAAGUGAUUUGAUUUUUUUAAAGCCCCUUUUAUUUAUUUUUUUGCAAGCCCUUCUCAUGUGUAUUUAAACUGAAAAUUUUUAUUUAUCUCACUGGGCCAUAGUGCUAUUUUUCAAUGAUAAAUUGUUGUUAUGCCACUUUCUAGGAUAAAAGAAAAGGCAGAGAAUCAUGUGUAUGUUGGAGGGGUAGGAGGAACUAUGAUAUACACAGGGUAGCUUAGAAGACAGUUCUUAAAAUGCUUCAAAUUAUGGACUCAGUUAAAACACAUUCCAGAAUUCAUGGGUAUUUGAAGUAGGAAUGUAUGCUGUUUUCUGAGCAAGCCUCUGGAAUAGGGCUUUUACAUCUUUCAUGAUCUUCACUUAUGGCACAUAAUCAUUUGUUUUGCAAUAAGUAGGAGCUGCACAAGAUUUUUUUAUAAACUGAAGUUAUUAAAAUGCUACUGAAAUCAGUGGGAAUGGAAUAUUUGCUUCUCAUUUCUCUGGUAUGAAUGCUGUCUGAGCUACUCCAAAACAUAUACAAAACCUGAGCAAACUACAAAAUCAAGUGUAUUUCAUUUGUAGUACCCAUUAUGGCUUAUGUAGUGCAUGAAAGAACUCACUUUACAUUCCAAAAGUGUUUAUGUGCUGCAGACAUUUGCUGGUAGCCCCCUCUUUUUUAUUCAGUCUUCCUUUGGGUUUACCAAUGGACACAAAAUUUAGCAGAAUACUAUAAAUUUCUGUUUACCUUGACACAUUGCCAGCAGCAGAGAGAAGUUGGUACUGUUCAAAAAUUAUGAAAUUGUAUGAGAUUUUGUGCUAAAAAUGAGUCAUAGAGUGAAAAAUUACAGGUUAAGAGACUCAAGCAUGGUUAUAGAAUACUUAAACAUCAGCAUGAAUCAAGUGAAAGGGAUUGCCCAGGAAAAUAGUUUGUGUGUUUUUUACCUUAAGUCGGGUUCUUUAAUCUGACACACAAGAGUGCUUCCAUUAUUCAUUGCAAUCAUUGAAUUGAUUUUAAAGGAGUAUAAUUUGACCUUUUACAAGCCUGAUCAGGCUUGUUUAUCCUUCCCACUUGUGGCAUUGUACUUUUGUCUUUCUACAUUGCCUAGUCAACUAAUUCACCCUGUUCUGCACUUCUCUUGCAGUGGGGCUCAGCAGUAUACUUGUGCUAUAAGAAGUCUGUGGCAAAAACAAACACCAUAUCAUACAAAGCUGGUAAGUCAUCUGUAGGUUUUAUUUAUUUAUAAUACAGUAAUGCUUAUUGGCUGCAUAUAGUAGACCAAUUUUAUUUAUGGAUUAAUUCUUUUAUGUAAGCUUAGACUGGAUUUGCACUGAUGUGGGAAAAUUCUGUAAUAUCAAGAAGACCAAGAAUGUUAUGUCACUUUGAGAGGCAGGCAGCCUACGCACUAUGCAUUUAAAGCACACACACACACACACACACACACACACACACACAGAGAGAAUCUUUGGAAUUGUAGUUUACCUGAAACAGACCUACAAUUUCCAUCACCCUUAACAAACUACAGUUCCUAGGAUUUAGGGUGUGUGUGUUGUGGAGUGUGAGGAAGAAGACAUGCUUUAAAUGUGUGGUGUGUACACAUUCUCAUUUAUGACAAACAGGAUAAAGACUUGGUUCUGUGGGCCUGGAGGGACUUCGGAGGUUGCUUAUUUAUUAUAUUUUUAUUCCAUUUUCUGGACCAUUCUUGACUUCUAAAGUAGCUCAUAUUAAUGACAUUUUUAAAAAAUGAGAGACAGGACCUGUCAUCAAGCUUACAAACUAAACAGAUGAGAUGCAAACAAAGAGAAGGAAAGGGGAGCAGAAGUAAAAGGCAGAGGAGGGAGGUCCAAUUUUCAAGGCCAAAAUGAAGUGGUGAGCUAUACGCGGGCCUUUGUAUUCCAUGCUGCCCACAUUCUUCUUCCCUCAUUGGGGAAUUUGACUUGCGGUUACUUUUCAUGAAAAGCUUUCUCUUCCCCCACUUCUCUGCGUAGCAAACCACUUUUGGAAUUAAUGGGAGGUCCAGUAAUGGUUUUGAUACGGCAUAAUGGGUGGUCUUUUGUUGCUAUGCUUUUGUAAAACAAAAUGAGGGGGAAUGCACAACCCCGAGUCACUUUAAUUGGGAUAUUUUGGAAGCACACAGGUAUAUCUGCCAAGUACAGAGGCUCAUCCUCUCUCUGGAGCUUGCCUGGGCAAGCCCAGUUGAAAUGAACGCAGCAUCGCUUAGGAGGCUUUUAUCCAGUAUGUCUUCUAUUGAAUAAGCAGAAUGAAAUGUUGAGUUAUUUUGAUUUCAUUGCUGGGAAAUUGGAUUGCAUUGACUGGAGGAGCUGUGAAACCAGUUCAAGUGGCAAUGCUGUCUGUAAUAGGACCGAUGUGGUUCAGCAGAUAGAACAGGGGUUGUCAGUGUGUUUCCCGUGGCACAAGUCCUUCUCAGACCAUGUUUUUGUUUUGUUUUUGUUUUUAAUUUUCUUUUUUGUUAACUUACCAACUCAUAUUCUUCUGCAUGUCUGCAGAGUCCACCUAGUAUGCAGAGGCUCCAGAUUUCUUUCUGAGAGGCCCUGUGUUGCUGCCAAACUUGUAGGAACCCGAGUUCAGUAUUAGUAGGAGCAAGUGGGGACUUGCAACAGUCCUCAACCCUAAAAGGAGUGUUCCUAUUCAGGACUUUUGGCAUUCUGGAAAAGGAUCCUCAAUGAUCCCUUCAGGGCUUGCAGAAAGCUAGAAGGAAGGAUUCAGGAGCAGAAAGGGAGAAAGGACACCUUUUAAUUUCUUCCCAUUUGAAAAUGUCUCCUCGUGGCUGGCCCUGCCAUAGGACAGAGUUCAAAAUAUAUGAAUAAGCCACUUCAAAAUGAUGCAUAUAUCAUACAACACAUCUCACAAAAUAUACAAGUAACUACAAGUUGUUAUAUGCAUCAGAGUCAAACAAAGAAUCAAACAAAUCAAUGAAUAGCGAGGAACGCCAAGCCGUCUCUCAAAGGAAGCCGUUUCACAAAAGUCUCAAAGGAAGACGUCUCUCUGAAGUCUCAAAAGGACAGUAUAUCAAGAAUAGUUCAACUGUUUCAGAAUAAAGUCUUCAUCCGUGAAUAAUGAAAUAUUCAUACUAGUGGGGAAUCAUGCUAGUGGAUCAAUGAUCACUGGAUAGUGUAGCUGCAACACAGGGGUUUGUGUUUGUUCAUAGGGCAGAGUUUGACAGCCACCUCAGGUGGCAGAUGUUGGUAGGGGCAGGGAAUGUGGCAACAUGUUGGAGGAUUGAACUUUGGACACCCCACAGCCAGCCCCAUACUCCCUAAGCUAGCCUGCUGGCCUCAGAUGUGGUGGAGGAUGCUUUGUGUUUGAAGUAAUAUUCAGCUGCUGGCCUGGUUGGUACAUAGAAUGGGGGAAGGGGCAUCAUUGUGUUUUUUGCCUCAGGCAGCAAAACUUAUUGGGUCAACCCUGCUUCUCCUAUUGCGUUAUGUAGUGCUAAAGGACAUAGUCUUGGGACUGCCAGCCAGCCCCAAACAUGAGAGUAUUUGUCAGGGAAGAGUUAGAAGUUUCCAGUUUCUCAGAGGGAGAAAACAUUCCCCAAAGGGGGAAGGAGAGCAGUGAAUCUAAUAGAAGAGAGCAACAGGAACAACAGGGAGGGACCGGCUGUUCACAGGAAAGGCAAGGGUUAAGUUCUAGCUCAGAUUUGGAGGAUGGGAGAUACAAGCCAGCUCUAGCCAGGAGGUUAGAAAAAAGAGCGGGAAAGCGAAAGGAAGGGCGCAUUCGCCAUUUUGAGAGUGGCUGGUCACGGAGAAGCAGAGCUCAGAAGGUAUCUGAAAUAAGUGACUCUGAGGAAGAAUAGUUAAGAACCGUUUAUAAGAUUGUUUUGUUAAUAUGCAGUAAAAAGUUAUAAAAGAACAAGAAGCGUUUGUGUGGUGAUCUGAAGAGGACAACGACCAGUCCUGACAGUAUUAAUGCUAUAUACCAAAAGAAAAUGUUUCCGUUUUUUCCUGCCUCCUUUGUAACCUUGUGAUACGCACCUGCCACCCCACCUGCUUUACUCUGAGCCAAGGAUGCUAUAAGCCAGGGGACAGCAAACAUUUUCAGCAGGGGGCUGGUCCACUGUCCCUCACUGUCCCUUGUGGGGGGCUGGACUAUAUUUUUUUGGGGGGGGGGAUGAACAAAUUCCUAUGCCCCACAAAUAACCCAGAGAUGCAUUUUAAAUAAAAGGACACAUUCUACUCAUGUAAAAAUAUGCUGAUUCCUGGACCGUCCACGGGCCAGAUUUAGAAGGCAGUUGGGCCGGAUCUGGCUCCCGGGCCUUAGUUUGCCUACCCAUGCUAUAAGCUAUUUGGCAAAUUCCCUCUAUUUAUAUUCCUUUCCCUCCCCACCCACCUAACAGACUUGCAACCUUCUGUGUCUCAAGUAUCCUCUACGUUUUAUAAGUCUUGGAAGCCACUGUGUGUUGGCCCCCAUCCAGCUGUUUGUUGCUGUUUUUAAAGUAUUUUUCUUUUAUAAACUAAUAUUCCUGGGAGCAUGAAGAAGCUAUUUUCUUUCUUUCUUUCUUUCUUUCUUUCUUUCUUUCUUUAUUUAUUUAGCAGCCAUGUUUUCCUUUCAAAUGGAUAGGCAUUGGACCACCCAAGUUUGGUAUUAGAAGGGAUGGUGAUGAUGCAGAAAUUAUACAUGUCAAAACAAGAAACAGUGAAACUGUAGUCCUAAAAGACACAAAAAAAUUCCAAAUACGAAUCAAGCAACAUCAUUAAAAACUGGAUUGCACUCCACAGCCCAAAGCUUUCCUGAAUAAAGUGUUUAUUUUACAUUCUCACUGGAUCAUUUGAUGAUGGCUAAGGACGAUAUUCCUUAAUUUGUCAAUAAGGUCAGAAAUAAAUGAGGUAUAUUGAAAUUACCUCAAGCAAAAUUUUGUAUUGAAAGAUAUCAACAGUGGAUAGAUGGCAGUUUGACGAUAUAAGAGCUUUGAAUCUUGAGCUUUGAAUCUUGAUAGAUGGCAGUUUGACAAUCUUGAGCUUUGAAUUUUCCUUAUUUGCUCUAAUUGGGGCAAUUUAAAUUUCUGCUGUGUUGCUUGAUUUAAAAGAUGAAGGGUUUUAAAUAUUUUUUUGUAUAUUUUUGGAAUGCUCAAUAUGGUGCUAAUGUUCAGUUGAGAGCUUAAUUCCUUAUUAGACUGAUAUGUGUAGUUUUUCUUUAAUUUUGUGGUGUUGGUCUUCAUAAUUUUUCAGGAGUAUGGUUAAACUGGAUCUCAUGUGACUUGGAAGUAAAUACCAUAGAAUUAAAUGGUCUUAUUCCCAAGUAAAUGUGUGUAGGAUUGUGCCCUUAGCUGGAAGUAAGACCUGUUUAAUUCAGACUUGUUUGUGAGUAGGCAUGCAAAGGAUUGCAUUUGUUGUGCAGGGAAGCAUAGAAGUUGGGAAAAUAAACUCUUAGUAUGCUUCUUAAUAGUUCAGUGUGUUACAUAAGGAAUGGUUUUUCUAGUAUGCGCAGUGGAGUUCAGGUCUGUCAGUAAUAUAAAAAAUUGUUUCUCCAGGUCUAAUAUGCAGAUAUCCAGAAGACGACUACGAUUCAUUUCCCUUACCGGAAUCAGUACCUCUUUUUUGCCUCCCAAUGGGGGCAACAAUUGAAUGUUGGCCGUCUAAUAGCAAGUAUCCCCUCCCAGUGUUUUCUACAUUUGUACUAACUGGAGCUUCAGCUGAAAAGGUAAGGAUAAGUUUGUCAACAAGUAUAAUUUUCAAGUACAGCUUGUUCUUUUAUUUUAUUUUGUUGUUCUUUCAUUUUUCUGAGUCUGAGGAAUUCAUCAGAAAAUGUUUGAAAGCUUGAAAAUUCUUCCUGCAAUAACUUCACAUGAUGAUUAAUGCUAGACUUAAACUGAUUUGGUCAUCAUUCCUUCUCCAUGAGGAGAACUGGAAGCUGUAGUUCUGUGAUGGGGAGGUGGAAUCGAACAGAGCAGGGUCAGCUCCAGGACAGAGGAGCCCCAGGCAAAGAGACCUUGGGAGGCCCCCUCCUCUCUUGGUAGAAUAGGAUGGGCUUACCUGGCAACACUGCUGUGUUGGGUGGAUGGAGACAAGAUUUGCAUCUCCCAUAAUGCCCCUCAGCAAAAUACUUUGGAGGCAUUGGGAGAAAUUAUAAUGGCCACUCGACCUUAAGUGCCAUAUCUGAUGUGGCAUUAAUUGCCCCUCAUUAUGCCACCUGCCCAGGAACACAUUGCAACCCAGCUAUUGAGACAUACAUUUUAAGAAGUUGUUCAUUAACCUUAAACUGCUUAUAGUGCUGCAUGCAUGCACAAAACAACUUUUUAUUGCACCUUUACUUACAUUUUUAGUUCUCUGAGUUGCUUAAAUUGUUUUCAUAAUAUUUCAAGAAGUGCAGUACAUUAAAGUAAAGCUAUUUGAGAAAUGUACAUAUUCUGGAGUCAUUUGCCUUUGGUCUGAAGCAAACGCAUGGAGAACAAGCAUGUUCAUUAAAUCACAUAUUUUGUUGUUUGCAGGUUUAUGGUGCUGCGAUACAGUUCUAUGAAACCUAUUCUGAAGAGAAUCUCACAGAAAAGCAGAAAUCUCAGUUGGGUUUAGUGGCUACUCCUGAUGGGAAGUCUGCUAGCUCUAAAACAGUCCAGACGAAUAAAUGCAUCUGCCUUCUUUCUCACUGGCCAUUCUUCGAUGCUUUCAAGAAAUUUCUUACUUUUCUAUAUCGUUAUUCCAUCUCUGGUCCACAUGUCCUGCCCAUUGAGAAGUAAGUUCUGUAGGAUAUUUUGUCCAUUUCACAUCAGUGCUAUUGCAGAACAAUUUUAUUAACUGAGGCUGGCCACUGGUCACAGCUGAGAGUGCAUUCUGCCUAGCCAACACACAGGUCAUUAUGGAAAACUCUGCACUGAUUUAAACAAACACAAUUGAAUAGAGCCUAUCUGCUUAAAAAUGUUUUAAUGUUUUUUGUAUGCUGUAUGUACACUGGCAUCCUGUAGUCCGUAAACGGAUUAAAUUUAUUAAACUGAAAUAAUUAUUUCUUCUCUCACAGGCAUAUUUCCCACUUUAUGCACAAAGUUCCUUUUCCAUCCCCUCAGAGGCCAAGAAUUUUAGUCCAGGCAAGUGUAAAUUUGCCCUUUACUGUCCACAUGUUGUUCUAGUUUCAGCAGGUUCAUGCAUGUAUAUGCAUCACUAGAUUACAUGAAGGUUUUGUAGGUGAUUGUGUAAACUCAUUCAGUUGAAAAGCAAUGUGCCAGUGACACAAUGGGUCAGUGCGUCUUGCUGUUAAGGUCGGUGGUUCAAGCUCAUCCAGGGACGGCUGUGGGCAGGAUUCCUGCAUUGCAGGGAGUUGGACUAGAUGACCCUUGGGUUUCCUUCCAACUCUACAAUUCUAUGAUUCUCUGAGAUGAAAGCUCCAUUUUUGGUGUUUGAUCUGUGAUGGCUCAUUCAGAUAUGCAAUUCAUUGUUGGUUGUUGCAGCCUUUAAUGUUUAAGAGAUAUGUGUGACCCAUAUAUAUGUAUUUUGAUAUUUGCUUUUUUGUAUUUGUAUAUAAGUCUUAUUGUUGAUAAUAUUGCACAUUCAUAUGUUAUCUUUGCUAGCCACCCUAGAUUUCUUGUGCGGAAAGGCAGAGUAUAAAUUUUAAUAAUAAUAAAAAUAGAUAAGCCAGCACGUAGUGCUGGCAUCUUUUUAUUACAUAGUAGUUGUAGAGCAGAGAUGGGGAACCUGUGGCUCCCCAACUGUUGUUGGACUUCAGCUCCCAUCAGUGGCUAGGGAAACCCAGCCAGAUAGGCGGGGUAUAAAUAAUAAAUUAUUGUUGUUGUUAUUAUCUCUGACCACUGACUGUGCUGGCUGGGUCUGAUGGGGUUUGUCAAGGUAAAAGUUGAGAAAAUUCUAAACUCAAGCACCCACCUGCGUGCAGCUGUGAUAUUACUGCCCUUUCUGUACCAAAUAACCUAAACUUCUGAGGGCUGUUUCUUGUGUGUUAAGAUCUGGAGGUCCUGCACCCUUUUCUUCGAUACCAGUCAAAAUCCUGGUUAAGGGACACAGUGUUGUAUUUUCAUGUGUAGAGAUCUUUUUCAAAGUGCCAACCCCGUGAUUUAUAGCCACAAGAGCAGCUAUAUAUUUAAGGAAGCAGACUUUUACAGUGUUUUACCAUUAUAAAGCAUGAACACUGUAAAAGUCUGCUUCCUUAAAUAUACAGCUGCUCUUGUGGCUAUAAAAUUGAUUAUACAGAUCUGCCACCACAGUAUCUUUGGUCUUGAUCCUGGUAUUUCAUUUGGGGUCAGGUGGAACAAAUGUGAGGUUUCUAUAUAGAUUGAAUUUUGUUGGACAUGUGCCAAGUUGUAUGUUUAUUUGUUGUUGUUGUUGGUUUAAGAGAUCUACCCUUGUUGUAUUUGUAUGUAUGUUUUGGAAUACUCAGUAAACAAUGAUAUUCACAAUUUAAAAAAAAUCUAUUGUGUGCUCCAAAAUUUAAGAGGUUUCAGUAGGCCAUACUUGAUGCAAUGUAGGAGGUUGGUGUGGUCUGCAGUUUUUCAAAGUGUUCAUACCAGCCAGGGUGGGGGCAGUUAAAAACUGCAGCAUUGUGGGAAGAAUGUAAAUCUUCUCCACUGAGUAUUUCCUCCAUUAAAGCCCCACCACCACCAACUAAAGCUGCUGCUUGAUUCUAUGCUAUUUUAUACCUGACAAGAGAAAGUGGAUUUACACAGAAGCAAACUUGCAAGCGAGCACAGUAUGUAAGGCUAUAGAAUGCAUUUAUUGUUUACAGAGUCUGAAAGUUAAUUUGCUAUUUGUUUGCCACUCAGUGCAUAAGUGUAUAUGUGAACUCUUAACCCUUCUCUUAAAAGGAGAAGUUUUUCUGUCUUAUAAUUCUGAUACUUUUGUGGACUUCCUCAAGUGUGUUUUUGAAGAAAUCUUUGGGAAGAUGAUACCUAUAUUAAAUAAUUUAGCUAGCUUGCAAGUAAACAGACCAGUGCUAGGUUAAACUGUUUGAGACUUUGAAGUUGAGCCAUAACCUCUUUUUCAAUUGAAGCUUACUUAAAAAUAUUAACAUUGAGGGUAUGCAUACUUUAAAACCAGCUUGCUAUGGAUGGGACAACAGUAUUAAUUCUGCGAGGGUAAUUAAUGUUUACUAAAAUAGUACGUAGUUAAGACUGUUAGACCUGUCAACAGUGUUUUCCAAAUAUAUGGUGAAGUCUUUAAUUUUUGUGUAAAUGAAAUAAAUAGUAGGGAUCCCUUCUAUGAACUAAUGAGUAUUUCCUGUGUAUACUUAUGUGAUCACCACAAUACUGUUACUUUUUUCAUGUAUGGUUUAGAAGUCCAAUACCAGACAGUGAUCUGAAAUUGCUUCUUUUCUUAAACUUUUCUUUAGUAAUGUAUUAUCUGAUGUCUAAAAUAUCAUGUAAAUAUAAAAAUCUACCUUUAUGUUAUGUUUUUAUAGCUGUCGCCUCAUGACAGUCUGAUUCUUAGUCAGCCCAUAUCAUCACCUCUACCACUGAGGCAAGUAAAAAUAACAUUUUAAAAGUAAUGCAUUAUCUGAAGGAUGGGAAGAGGGGUUGAUUGAAAAAUUACUGAUUGUGAGACAAGAAGACUAUAAAUAUUUGGAGUAAUAGAAAUGAGUUUCUUCCCUUGUUUCUUUAACAUUUUGCUGAAAAACACUGAAAGUUUUUGAAAUACUUUUUUUCAAUAAUUUAGUGAGAACUAAUUCACUAGGAACUAUAAACAGCUUGUCCCAUCUUGUUUCUGCUGCCCUUCAGUUCAUCACAAUAACUUUCUCCUGUUGUGUACUGUACUACAAUGUAUGUAUUUACUUAAAAAGAGAAGAAAGGAAGACUUGUGGCAGUGCCAAAUCCAAAACGUCUGCUUUUCUGUAUUUUCAGCUCUGUGUUAUUCUUACAUUACUUGCAAUAAUUAUUUAAUAGCCACUGUGGUUUUGUGAUUAGGGCCAAAGUAACCAACCUUCUUGAUGAUUUGAACUACAGCUCCCAUCAACCCCAUUCAGCAUGGUUAGCGGACAGGGGGGUGCGAGCUGUAAUCCACAGCAUUUGGAAAUGCGCCAUGUUGACCGUCCUUCGGUUAGGCUGUUGGACUUAAACCACAGGGUCUUGGAUUCAAAUCCUUGCUAAGCUGCAGGGCUGAAUAGUGGAGGACCUUGCACUAGUAAAAUGGUGCUGGCGUAUUGUGUUGUUGUAAAGACGAAAUAGCACCUAGGAGGAAGGGUAGCAUUGUAAUCAAUAAAUAAUAUUUAUCAGUCCAUUUUAUUGUCUUUGUCUGACAGUGGUGGCAAGUUUUCUGCUCUUCUGCAGAACCUUGGACCAGAGAAUGCAGUAACUCUCCUUGUAUUUGCGGUGACGGAGCAUAAAAUCCUUAUCCAUUCUUUACGACCGUCAGUCCUUACCAGUGUAACAGAAGCACUUGUCUCUGUAAGUAGCAUUUGUUUUUAUCCAGUUAAAUGGCUAUAGGGUGUCCUGGUCCUAGGAACUUAAUAUUUUCCCCGGUAUUUAUUAGUAACAUUCCCUAUUUGCUAAAGUGUAAAAUGAACUGGUAUGUAUCUUUUAUCUUUGCCACAAUGACCAGGAUCCACAGCUGCAUAGAAAUGGUUCUGUGGACCCAGGGGCUUUAGACUGUUUUUGCUUGAACACCAGCUGCAUGUCAAACCGAGGGGGUGUUUCAAACGCUGUUUAUCACACAGCAUGAAGGUCAAUUGUUCAAAGAAAUAAAGUCAAAAAUUCCUCUGAGCUAGCACAAGCCCCAUGCAUAAGGCUUUGUCAUCCUUUGGGUCCUGGCCUCUGCUCCGUGCUGGGGGUCAUGUGUUAAAUAUUUAGCUUUUUGUCGUGGUGGUGGUGGGUUUUUUUUUAACCUUCCAAUGAUGUUUAUGCAGAUGGGCUGCUGCGAGUGUUUGCCAUCUUCAUCUCUGUGUCCCGUUGCUUGCUUCUCACCCAGUUUUAGAUUGUUGUAACAAUCCUUGGGCACAGUCCUUCAGGAAGUUAUUCUGUACAAGUUCCAUUGAAGUAAAUCAGAGUCCUCUCCCAUUCAUUUCAACAGGGCUUGCACAGGAAAGCUCCCUGAAGGCAGUGGUCCAUUAGGGCGAAUGGGGCACAGCCCUUCUAACCUCAGUGUGCAGUGAUUUGUGUCACAUCUGUAAAUGUUUUGUACACUGCAGUGGGGGAAGGGCCCUGGGGAGCUGCUGCCUGUCAGUUUAGACAGUGCAGAGCUAGGCAGGUACCCAUUGGUCUGAUUCAGUAUAAGACUGCUUCGUCUAUUCCUGUACCCCUCUCCCCUCCUUAUACAUAAGAAAGUAAGUAAGAGGGUGGCACUGACUGUCAGCAUUCCUCCUACUUAGUCUCAGUGUUGCCUUUGUACAACUCAUCAGUGAAGAGGUUGGGGAUGGCACGAGAGUUAGUUGGCUGCCUAUCAUUGGCUCUGGGCUCCACCUACUGUUUGGGCUCCCUGCUUUCCACCCUACCCAUCCCAAUGUGCCCCAGCCAUCACUGCCUGGAGGAUUGUCCCUUUGUCUGUCUCCUAUUAGUGAGCAUUUUAAAGUACAGGAGUUGCUGCAUUUUCCCUACAACAUUGCACUGACAUUAAUUGAAAUCUGAAGGGAAUGUUCAUGGUGAAAGUGCUUCAUAUGGGGAAAAUGGUCUGUGAUUGUUGUCUUAACUUGAAGCACAUCUGUUUACUUAUAUACAAUGCAUACAUUCUUUUCUCUUUUUUAAAGAUGAUAUUUCCUUUCCACUGGCCCUGCCCGUACAUUCCUCUCUGCCCUCUAGCCCUGGCAGAUGUUUUGAGUGCGCCGUGUCCAUUCAUAGUAGGAAUUGACUCAAGAUACUUUGAUCUCUAUGACCCUCCACCAGAUGUUAGCUGCGUUGACCUAGAUACAAACACCAUUUCACAGUAAGCAUUGAGAACUUUUCUGUAUGAUUUUGUAAUAGUUCAGCAGAAGGCACAGUGGUGAAUUCUUGUUUCCUACCUCAUCUAGUUCUGCUUACCAAAAACUGCAAGUCCAUUCAUAUUUGCAUCACUUGAUUACACAGCACUGGAUGACUUGCAGCUGAACUUGUGAUCUGAUUCCUCUGAAAAUCAUUGUGUCAGAGGUGAUGAUCUAUGGCAUUAAAUUUGUGAUGGUUCAUUGAGCCAUACAAGUCACACUUAAUGGUUACGGUUACCUAGCAUGUAUAUAGUGCAUUUCAAGUGUCUACAUGUCUCAGGGACCCUUACAAUAGCCCAGUAAUGUAAACCACUACAGUAAUACCUUCAUAUUGGGACUGAGGCUGGGAGUAUAAAGCCAUGUAUUGAACUCCACACAUUACAGCUGUUGAUUCACCUGUUUUACCACUAUACCAGCUACAAUGGUGCUACAGUUAUGAAGGAAUAAGCCUGCAAGUGCAGACUAACCGUGUCACCCUAAGUUUUUCUUCUCGUAACUCCUUGCUGUAGAAAUCAUGUGUUAGUAGAUCACACAGACAAAUUGGGUACCUCAGCACUUUGACUUUGCCAGAACAUGAAACACAUUCUAAGUAAUUUGCAAAUAGUCUCAGUAAUCCUCAUAGUACUGUGGAAAGCAGUUAGCUUUCCUAAAAACAAUACUUAAAGCUCAUGUGAACAAAGGGUGCUUCUUAAAGACCACACAGUCUGAAAGCAGAACUGAGAUUAGUUUGCUGCAGUUCUUGGUGGUCUAGACUUUGCAGUUUUCCUUAGCAGGGAAGAGUACAGAGGAAAUGUGUUUGUAAAAUAAAGGAAACAGAUUUCAUGGGCAUGUUCCAGUGUUGUUACUAAUUUAACUGCUCUCAACUUGCAAUUCUCUUGGAGUAUAUAAACAUGGUUAAUCUUGGUAAUCUCACUGAUGAUUUGGGAAGGGGGAACUUGUACCAUCUUUAAUCAAGGACAUGGAAUUAAGCGAGCAUUUCUGCAUCAUUUGUCAAAAGCGAAUGUCAUAUACAGUGGGUACCUUGGUUCUCAGAUUUAAUCCAUUCUGGAAGUCCAUUCCAAAACCAAAGUGUUCCAAAACUAAAGCAUGCUUUCCCAUAGACAGUAAUGCAAAAUGGAUUAAUCUGUUCCACACUUUUAAAAACAACCCCUAAAACAGCAAUUUAACAUGAAUUUUACUAUCUAACGAGACCAUUGAUCCAAAAAUGAAAGCAAUAAACAAUGUACUGCAGUCACACAAUCAAUCAGUAGCUGAACUGGGUUCCACACAGUCACAAAAAUAAAACAAAAAAGCUGCAAAAACAAAAACGCAAAAUAAAUAGCAAAAACAGACAGACCUCAGCGUAACACUCAAAACAGAAGUGUCGCACUCAAAAUGAAGCAGAUUUGGCUUCCACAAAAAGUUCACAAACCAGAACAUUUACUUCCGGGUUUAUGGUUCCAAGUUUGAGUACCAAGGCAUUUGAGAACCAAGGUACAACUGCAUAAGCCUUAUAUAACUGAUUUCCCUUAAAGUACAGGUGAGGAAUUAGCGGGCUUCCAAAUGUUGUUGGACCCCAGGUCCCAAUGUCUUUGGCCAUUGACCAUGUUGACUGGGGCUUAUGGGAGCUGGAGUCCAACAAAAUUUGAAGUGCCACUGGCUCCCCUGACUGUUGCCUUAAAGGAUCUUGAGAACUUUUGUUGGGUGAAGAAUCACUGAAAUGCACACCAAGAGUUGGGUAUAGAGCAGGCCACAACUUUCCCAUUAUUUAGCAGAGAAGAGAUGGACAAGACAGUUGUUGCUGACAGUCCAUAUUCUCCACCCACCUUACUGCUGGGUAAUCCUGAGGGGAAAGAGUGGCCAUUCUGAGAACAGAAUGCUGGACUCACCGCCUGGUCCUGCAAGCAAAUUUUUAGAUUUUCAUGUUAAACUGCAGAUGAUGACCUGGAUCAAGCACAAAGUCCCCACAGUGCGGGGAUAUGGCUGGCAACUGGUAAUUGCAGUGGAUUGGUUGUUGUGCCAUUUCUUGAGUUCCUUUUAUGGCCUCCCCAGAAUGGUUUGCGGGGAGCCUGCCUUUCCUUAUCCCUGCACCAGUUGUGACAUUAAUCCACCAUCAGUGCCAAAAGCAACUGCUUACAAACCUUUGCUGGGAGAAAAGUGAACUCUUGCCCCUUGCCUGAUCAGUCUGGGAGGGAAGUUCAGUUACUUCCUGGCCCUGUCAUCUUAAGUUCAUGGCAAAAUUUAUGUAGCUGUAUUGCAAGAAACCCUAAUGAGACCAGGCAGAGCAUUACUAUAAACCAGGUACAGCUAGAUAGCCACAGCAGUUGCAUAAAGAAGUAUCAAACUAAGCUGCUUUUUGGGCUCCUCUCGCCUAUAUUAGGCAGGAGUAGGGCUGUUCCUACUCCAGUUCACCACCCACAUGAGCUGCCCUCUUCCUAGCCACUGUGAUUGGCCAAAUUGUGGGGCUAGGAGAAAGGCAACCCAGCUCAUUCACAGCCAGCCAUUCUGGCCACACAGCCAGCCUGAGGCACACCCUAGUCAUUAUGCUGUAGUAGUGUCCAAACUUUUUUCAAAGAGGGCCAGAUUUGAUGAAGUGAAGGGCUGCGAGGGCCGACCAAAGUUGUUAACCUUUUUUUAGGAUUGAAUAGGAUUGAAGUUGUUGUUUUUAUGAUGAUUUUACCCCAGAGUUGUUGAGCUUUUUUUAGGUUGUUACCUCAGGAUUAGACAGAAGAUUGCCGGCGGGGCUGAAUUAGGCCCCCAAGACGACGGACUUUGGACAUGCCUGCUAUAGAACAAUUGCAGCUGUAGAAAGGAGAGCAGGAGUGGUUUUUAACUUUACUCGUGUCCAAACCAAAAUAUUAGUAAACUGUUAUGAGUGUGCCAUACAGGUGUCAGGGUAUCAGAUAUUUAGGACUCUCACAUUCUUCAAGGAAAUACUGAAACGAAACCAUCAGCCGAGGCAACAAGGCUCGGAAUUGAGAGAUGAGAAGCUGAAUCAAUUAGUAUGGAAGCAGAGGACCAGAUAAGAUUUAAAAUAUUAAUAGAAACAAACAGCAUGUUGGGUGCUUCCCACAGAAAGAAGUGAGGGGGAGGGAAAUCAUGCUUGCAAGGUUUCCAACAGCAACAGAGGAGAGCAGAAGCUUGAAUAAUCCGAGUGCAGUGAAGGACACUUUGCCAGAUGUCAUCUUUUCACAAGCAUAUUUAAAAAUACACUGUCAUCUAUAAAUAAAGAUUUCCAUACCUAGAUAACCAUUUAUGUGUACACUUUUUAGCUGUUGCUUUGUAUUUUCAAAAUACCAUGUUUUGCAUAAUACCUCUGUUUUUAUUCCAGACCAGGAGAUAAAAGAAAUAUUGCAUGGAAGAUCUUGCCAAAGAAACCCUGUAAAAAUCUGAUGAACACUCUAAAUAACUUGUAUCAGCAGCUAGCAGAAUGUAAGUGGGGAAAAUGACACAGAGAUUGGCAUAUGCAGUGGCUUGUUGUAGUUGUUCAUGCUUUAAGAUGGUUAAGCUGUUGUGCUACUUAGCAGGAGUGGACUUCAGGGAAUCCAGUGAAAAAGCUGUCUUUGAAGAGGGGAGAAACAUAUGGUGUUCCUUAUUCUAUACAGAUGGAACAGAUAGUGAUUUGGGAAAGGACUGUAGCUCAGUUUAGCUCUCAGCCAGCCAUCCUUGCCUAGAGGAACCCAGACAAAAUCACGAUAGGUUUUUCAUUAUUUUGAAAUUUUGCAAUAAUUUUUGACAAAAUUAGACUAAGAGACUUGUGGCAUCUUAAAUGCUAAACAAAUCAUUAUGCCAUAAUAAAUCUGUUAGUCUUUAAAGUCCCACGAAAGUCUGUUGCAGCACAAACAACAAACACGGCUACCUUUCUGGAACUUCUGUGAAUUACUGUUUAAUAGGUUGCAUAAAUGUUAUGUAUUUGAAAAGCUGGGCUUGUUAAAAUGUCCAGCUUUGAAAAUCAAAUAAAAAUUAUUUUCCAAGAUUAAAAAUGUCAUGUGCCUGACACCUUUUUAUUUAACCAGGCAUUUAAAUUGUACUUUAAAUACAUUCUGUUUUAUACUACCUCUGCUACAAUGAACAUUUUUGCUGCUUUAUAUUUUAUUUUUGUUUCAUAUUUAUUGAUAAACAUGAAUAAAUGCAUUUAGAAAGCCAGUAUGGUGUACUGGUCAAAGUGCUGGACUAGUACCAGAGGGACCACAUUUGAAAUCCCUGUUCAGCCGUGAAGCUCCCUGGGUGACCUUGGGCCGGUUGAUAUCUGUCAGCCUGACCUACCUCACAGGGACAAUGUGGUGAUAAAAUUGGGGGAGGGGAGAACCAUGUACCCAGUUUUUGUUGUUUUGGAGGAACUAUAACGUAUUGAUAUAAUAGAUAAAUUCAUAAGAUCUGUUAGACUCUUGCUCAGAGCAGAGGUAUCUACAGUGGUUUCCUUUAUUAAAAAUGUUAUUUCUCUUGAGCCCUUUAUUAUUCCACUGAGGUGAUAUAAGUGUGCAUCAAGAGCCACAUGCAAAUUCCACUGAAAUAACCAGGAGUCACACAGGAGCAGUCCUUGGCAGAUUUCACCCCGGGGGCUUAAGCUAUAUCACUAACUGAUGUAUGCAUUUCAAAAGCUUACAUAAAUUGUCUUUUUCUAUGUGCAUAUCACUGUGUUUUCACCCAGACUAAUUCUGUCAUAGUUUCCAUAGCGACGCCUUUUCUGCAAAAAGUAAAUGUGCUCGUCUGAGUCUUUUGUCUAUCUUGGAGACUAGUGAUUUGCAUCCUUCUCUGCCAUAGCUAAUAGCUGUAUCCCACUAUUUAAACCAGAUCUAGGGAACUAGUGAUGAGGUCACCAGUAAGAUGGGAUAUUAGUAUUGCCAAACCUCUGUCCUGGUUGCUCUGCAUUCCCUACCUUAUGCUUGCUUCCUCUGUGUCUCUCCCUUCUGCUUUCCCAGCCUCUCUUAGUACCAUUGGUUGAUGUGCUCUGAUGUCAGGGUGGGCCAUGUUAGCUUGGCAGCUGUUCUCAUGUCACAGAGAGGCUGGUCAGACAGCCAAUAUAAGUGUUUGGUAGUCAUUGGGGAUGGUAGGAUAUGCAUUCUUUGGUGUCUCAGUUCUUGAAGCAAAAUUACACUUGCCUCCAUUUGUGACUGUAUGCUACGCACUUCUGAAUAACACAUUGAGGAUGCAAAUAAGUUUAUUGGUCUUGAAACAUCUUGACAGAAAGAGACAUGCAAUGCUUGCCACUUAUAAGUAGCAUAAGUAACUUAGCAAGGUGGGAUAAUGAAGUAAGCCCUGUGGAGCAGAAAGGAAAUGCUAACUCAAUACUGGGAACGUUUUCAUAUUUUGUCCUUUUAUUCACAGUGCAGCAAAGACCAAGAGAUGACGCACUGAUGGAGCUGGCUAUGAAUGACUAUGAUUUCCAUUCAGGGGAGAAGCUGCAUCUGUUAGAUGUGGAAAUCCAGGAGGCGUUUCUCUGUUUCAUGGCCUCUAUCCUAAAAGGUUACAGGUCAUAUCUAAGACCCAUUACCCAAGCACCUUCUGAAACAGCAACAGAUGCAAGUUCCCUAUUUGAGCUGCAAGGUAAAGGAGCAGACUGUUAUACCUUCCUCCAGUUUGUAGCUUGGUUUAAAUGACUGGCAAGGGGAAAGCUGUAAAGGGAUUGCAUCCAACUAAGUUUUACUCAGAGUAGACCCAUUGAAAGUAACACUUAGUUGAAUUGCAGGUGUUUAAACAGGUUGGAUGGCCUUCUGUCACAGAUUCUUUAGCUGUGAUUUCUGCAUUGUAGAGGGUUGGACUAGAUGAUCCUUCCAGCCCCAUAAUUCUAUGACUCUGUGAAUGCAUACCUGUCUGUUUUAGGCCCAGGCAGUAUUUCAGUAUCUUCCUGCAGUUCAUUUAACAUCCCUUGGAAUUCCUGCCAUGGUUUCACCUGGGCUUAAGUACUUAAGCUUUAGGCUAAAUUCAGUGUCUAGUUUUUGGAGGUUUUUCAACAUGACAUUCAGAGUUUGAGUUUCUUGCACUUUUGUUGCUCCUGACGAUGGUAGCGGGGACCCCAUAUGGAAUGUUUAUUUAAUUUCCUUUUCUUAGUGGAGUAUAUGUUCUUUGCUUUCCCUGCCAACCACGUUUAUAACAUCAAAUGUUGGGUUUUUGUUUUAACUUUAUAGGGUUCUUAAAAAGCCGUGACCGUUCACAUCAGAAGUUUUACACUAUGAUGACCAAGACACAAAUGUUCAUUCGCUUCAUUGAAGAAUGCUCCUUUGUCAGUGAUAAAGAUGCAAGUCUUGCAUUUUUUGAUGACUGUGUAAAUAAAGUAAGUGUGGCUGACAUACUUCUCCAUUGAACCAUGUCUGACAACAAACACUCUGCUAACAUAGGAUUUGGCAACUCUAGGUAAUUUAGAGUGGCUCUCAUGGCCCCACACUGCCCACUGUUGCUGAUGGGAGUUGUUGAUCAGCAGCAUUUGGAGAGCACGAUGUUGGCAAAGACUGAUCUAAUUGGCUCUGAUACCAAAGAUUUUAUUAAAUCCGUCAGUGUCCAUAUAGUUGACAUCUUCACAGCUGACACUCAGUCUGGCGCUAAUGUGCCCCUAAAAUUUCUGAAAACUGCAAAACGUUCUGAAGAUGGUGGCUUUUUUUUUUUGCAGGUGUACCCUUGACUUAAUUGUUGCAACAUAAAGUGCAUGUCACACACUUGAGAGAAAUUCAGCAACUAUGGAAAUUGGCCAUUUCUUUCCUGCCAUAUGCUAGAAAGAUGGCCAGCUCAAGUGCCACUUUAUUGAUUACAGACAAUUCUGCUGCAAGAAGUGGGGGGGGGGGGACCUCCUCGGCAGUAGGCAGCCUUCCCUGACAUAGGAUCCUGUGAGGAAAUUGGCUUUUUACAAAGGGAGCAGUGGUUUUGCUAUGCAGAGCAAGGAAACAGGACUAGCUUGGUUAAGUAUGUUCAUUGUGUGUCAUGCCAAUGUAUUUAUUACAUAAACACACACUCACACUGAAACAUGCUUAACCAAGCUAGUCCUGUCUCCUUGUUCUACAUAUAGCAUAAAAUGAGCAGCUGAAAAAUAUCACUUUUUGUGAGAAGCUGACUGCUGGAAUCACUUUCAAGAUAAACAAGGCAUGACAAUAUUCUAUGAAAGGGAUAUGACUUGAGACCAACAAACCUUUGAAAGCAGUAUGUGGAAAACAGCGCUCUCAUCUUUAUACUGAAUUGCUAAAUUUCUUCAAAGGAAGUCCAAGACGCAGCCUUUUUCUUUCCUUUUUCUUUUUUUAAAGAGAUUGGAGACCGAAGGUGGGGGAAUUGCAAAUAAUGACAGUAAAACACAGGAAACAUUAUCUAAAUGUUUCAUAAAAAUUUCAUUCCACUUGAUUGUAAAAACCCUAAUGUUACUGUAUCAUUGGCAACUGUUUUUCCUACACACCAUUGUAUGAACAAUACCCUGCUUCCAAAAUGUGAGCAUAUGUUGUACUUGAGAUAAAAUACAUUUUAAAACUAUUUUAUGUAGGUAGAUAUGGAUAGGACGGGUGACACGCGGCUUAUAGAACUGGAUGAAUCAUACAAGAGUGAGCACACGGUUUUCAUAACUCCCCCGGAGAUCCCCCACCUUCCCAAUGGAGAAGAGGUUCCAUCACAGUACAGGUAACCCUUUGGAAUGUGGCAAGAAUCCUGGCAAAAUGCUGGUCCCUAAGUUGUGCUGGCUGCAAAGUAUUUUAUGUGUCAAACCUGUUGUACCAGUAGAGGGUAAUAGCUGUACCUAGCCUAAACAAUAUAUAUGUAUAUAUAUGUGUGUGUGUGUGUGUGUGUGUGUGUAUCACCCACCAUCCACUCCCCAGAUUGAACACCAGACCUUUGCUUAUUUUGACAACCACCAAUUGGUGGUUGGUGGGUUUGUUUGUUUAUUUUGGUCUUCCUGAAAGUCCUUUUUUAAAAAAUCCAGCAAUCUAAUUUUCUCUUUCAAAUGAGUUUGCAGGUCAGUAUUGAUUUUUAUGGGCUUCUGCUCUUUCUUUGUUCGUUAGAAACUAAAUAAGCUUUUCAGAUGUUCAUGGCAUAAAUGCAGUCAAUACUAAUGAAGUUGUCACUCUAAUUGAAUAGCACACUAAAAAAAAUAAAAAUCCUUACUUAAAUACUCAGCCUUAAGUGAGUAUAUAGAUCUCUGCUCAGGAAAGCGUUUUACUGAAGGGUCAUACAAAGAAGAGGGGGCCUAAGUUAACCUGUCAUUUAGUCCAUUUUUCACGGCAAUUUCAUAGUUUGGUGGCAGAGCACAUGCUUUGUGUGCAGAAGGUUCUAUCUCCAAGGACCAGGCAACACAUGACUGGAAAGAUCCUUCUCUGCCUAAGACACACACACCCCAGAGACCCACAGCCAGUAAGAGUAAUGACCAUAGUCCAGACUCAGUACCAGGCAACUUUGUAAGUCCCUCCAUUCAUCCCUCCUCAUCUCUUAGUUGUCUCAAUUAUGAAGAUGGACAGCAAUUGUCAGAGGGCCAAAUAUGGUCAGUUACUGAACCAUUAUAUGCUGAUUCCGCUCAGUAAAUAAAUGCUUGAAGGAUGUCUUUUUCUUUCUGCCCCCACCCCCACCCCCGGUCAGGGUUUUUACUUGAAAAAACAAAGAAAGUACAGCAAGCUUGUGUGUUCUCUAUUCAAUUUUUUACUCCUAUAAUAGAACUGUAGCCCACGAAAAUACCAGUUGUAGUCAAAGCAGCAUCAUGGCCCAAAGCCCUCUGUAUGGUGUUGGGGCAUAAGUAAAUAAAAUAAGAUGGCGUCUCCCUUCUUUUUCAGUUAUAGUGGAUUUCCUGUACUGCAGCAAGAUCUGUUUGAGCGGCCUAAGGCACUCCUGACAAUACAGAACAGCAGGUUGUCUUCAAAAGCCAGCAGUCCCAACAGCCCGUUGCCAAUGUUCAGGAGAACAAAACAGGUACUUAGUAAGCAUGCGGCACCCUUUGGUGUUCUGUGUAUCCUGGUUUCACUGUUUCUCCCAAGGAGUUUGCUGCAGUGCUUUUUACAGUCUCUUCAAACUUGGGGCGAGUUACAGCAAAUUGCUGCUGGCUGCCAUGGACAGUUGAGAGAGCGCAGUUAAUUCAUUCAUUCCCAUUUAUUAAAUUUGUAUACUCCCAUUCAUCCAUAGAUCUCAGGGUGGUUCACAACAUAAAAUUACAAUAUAAAACACAUAACAAAAGUUAUGUGGUUUGGAACAGGCUGCAGCAAGAGUUAUUGAAUACCUACACAUAGUUCAGUGUAUAAUUUACCUAAAAGAAAUGCAUUCCAGUAUAGUAUUAAAUGUGAAAGAACAAUUUUUUUUUAUUUUUACGGUAAUGUUACUUUACUUUUUAGAUCAGCCUUUAUUAGCCUUGGGAGGCAGGGACAGGGUUCCCAGAUGCUGCUGGAACACAACUCCCAUCAUCCCUGACUGCUGGUCCCGCUGGCUAGGGACAGUGGCAGUUGUAGUCCAACAUAAUAUUGGGAUACCCACCCACUCUGAUGUUGGGCUGAGGUUCGGCUUGUGGGCUUCCCAGAGGUAUCUGGUUGACCAUUGUAAGAACAGGACAAGAUGGGCUUUUGGCCUGCUCCAUCUGGGCUCUUCUUACGUUCUUAUGCACAACCUCUUCCUCUCUCCCAACCCAACAAGCUGGGUCACAUAUGUAACAAGCUUGUGCCCUUUGGGACUUUGAACUAGAUUAUCUCUUAAACAGCAGCUUCCCCAUACUUCCUCGUAAGCUGCUUUUGAGAAAAACUCAGGAAAUUUAAAGAGCAAGUGUGGUGUUUGCCUCCUAGGAUGGGUCAAGGAAAGGGUUAAAAUGGGUGUGAUGUCAUUGGCCAGUGAGAAUGCAAGGGGGGAGUAAAAGAUAGAGUGGGAGGUUUUGAAAGUCAGUUGAGGUUGGGAGUUGGGAGUUGAGGUUUGUCAGUUGGGAGUUGCAUUCUCACUGGCCAAUCACAUCACACCCAUUUUAACCUUUUCCUUGACCCAUCCUAGGAGGUAAACGCCACAGCAAGUUAAAGUGCUUUGUAAACUGUUUGCAUUGAAGAGUUAAAGAGGCAGACAUCCCAGCAACACCACUAUAAUGAAAAUAAGUGCAGACAUUGUGUAAAAUUGGGUAUGUUAUGGGAUGUAUUCUCAUAGCAAUGGGCUUUUGAAAAGAAAAAAGGAGUGGCAGCCUUGUGGCAAUCCAGAAAUGCACAUUUGUGUGUUAUACGGGAAUAAUUUAUUCCAGCUUUUGGGUGCUCUAUAAAGCUCUGCUUGUCAAUGAUAUGAACUUAGUUUGAGUGCCUCUACUGAAUUGUAAGGAGGAUCUCAGCCUCCCUAGGGACUCCAUGCUAUAAUUUAAUCUCACAUUUCCUUUUUCUUUCCCUCUGCUAUCCACAGCAGCUGUUGCACAGAAGUGCUUGUGGGUAGAAUUAGGCAUAAUAAACCACUUUUAAAACAACAUUUCCUUCACAGUUUGUAUCUUUUUUUCAUAGUAAGUUUUCUCAGAUAACCUUCCUCUGUCCUUCUGAACAAUGUUUUUCCAUUUUCUUUUGCUCCUAACCUUCCUUGCUGGUUUUAUUUAGUCACUGUUACUAGCAGCGAACCACAGUUAUGGUAUUUGAAGCAUUUGUCAAUCUAUCAAUUACUUAUUUUCUAACUGUCUAGUCUUGUUUUAAAUUGCUUUGAACUGUUUUCAUCUAUUUUAUGUGUACUGUAAAUCACAUUGAGAUAGUAGUUUGGAAGGUGGCUACUAAAUUAUAUGCAGUAUUAGAAACAAACCAAAAUUCUGGUAUUUGGGAGACUUAAUCCAUCAAGUUGCUGGUGACUAACCCAUUAAUAAUUUUCAAUCACCUUGGCCCACGGCAGGUUACAACAUUUUAAAAUACAAUUACAAAAAGCACCACCACAAAAAAUAUAUAUAAUAAAAACUAACAAAAUGCUUAUAUUAGAUUUAGAUUUCCAAUCUUUCUGCGUAAGGAAUCUUCAAGGCUGCUUUCUAAAAAGAGUUUCUUUUCCCAUCUCACGGGAAUCGUCCAAUAAGACACCCUCUCAUACCGUAUUCAAGUCCCAACUGUUGAGCAGAAGUCGGUUUUCAAAAUGGCGGGAAGGACAAGGCUGGCCUCUGUUAGAAACUGGGCAUUUAGUGUCCCCAGUCCCAUGCUGUGGAACACUCUUCCAACAGUGAUUUGGCAGGCAUCCCCUCUUUUCAGUUUCAGGCAUCUAAAACUAGCCUGUGAAACUGGCCUUUAAAAACAUUUUGAUUAGCCUGUCCUUUUAAUGAUUAUUCUGUACUGUUUGUAGGUUGUUGUACUGUUUGUAAAGUUUUAUUUUAUGCAUAUAUUGCUAUACACUCUUUGCAAUGUUUUACGAGAUGGCAGUAUAUAAAUAAAUAAGAACUGUAGAGUUAGACAUGAAGCAGAUAAUCACAGGCUUUUUCCUUGUAUGGGAGGCAUCUCCUUUGUUAUUGGUGUCUGCAGCCUGCUGGAAACAGGUUUAAUAUCUAAUUUGGAUAGUUAAGUCACUUAACCUUGUUUGCCUCUUGUUUUUGUGAGCACUGUUUGGCAUGUAAAAAUACAGUGAUAUGCCCAACUCAUGCUUUAACUAAUGAAAAUUCUUUUGAGCACCUGCUGGUUGUACAGCAAGGGUAAUGACCGAGUUAUCCCAGUAAUUAUUUUUCUACUGUGCUGCUCUUGUUCAACAUUCAGAUAACGACACCUUGACUUCUAUUAUCUAUCUCUCUAUCUGUCUUGUGGUUUGAGCGACCAUUUAAGGAGCUUAUUUUCCCCUCUAAUGCACUCCACGUUCUGUUGCAUUUCAGAUGAAUAUGUAUGUUCUAUUGCGGUGAUGCUGGCAUGCUGUCACCCUCAAAUGAUUUCACUAGAUAAUAGUUUGCAUUUCAAACAAAUUAAGUGUAUUAGUCAUCCUUGUGUCUUCUCAGUUAUGAACUAGAAGCACCAGUUUUCUGAUUUUAGAAAUGAAGCAACAGUGGAAUUAAUGAGGGUGUCAGAGCUCACCAACCAGGCAUAGCCUUUGCUGAAUUAGGCCACCAAAUCCUGCACAUCAGGAGAUAAGCAGGCUGCAGAAGCCAAAGUAAAACAUAGUACUGAACACCUUCUUCCAGGAAACCCACAAGUUUGGUGAGCGAUUGAGCCAGCAUAGGCCAAUAAUAACUUGUCUUCAGUCUGAAGACUAAGAUGUAGAAGAAACAGACCAGAGUUGAGGGCCAGGCUUGAUGAAACGCAGAAGAUCUGUGGCUCGAUUAUCUGACAUAGUUUUUUUAAUAAAAAAAAUUAGCCACCACAGACUGAUGGUUUGAUUGGCAUAUCAGUGGUGGCUCCACUUUUUGGAAUGCUCUCCCCAGGUAGGCACACCUGGCACCAUCAUUGUCUGUUUUUUAGGUGCCAGGCCAAAAUGUUCUUGUUCUCCUAGGCUUUUGGAUCUAAAUUUUCUGCUUAUCAUUUAGUUGAGCGGGGCUGAGUUGGAUUUGCUCUUUUAAAUACAUUAAUGUUGGUUUUCUUUUUCUUUUUAUGCUUGUUUUUGAUAUUUUUUAUAAGUGGCUUUAAGUUCCCUUUUCUGAAGAAAGUGAGUAAUAAAUAUAAACCCACUUCCCUAGUCCUGAUCCAAUUUGCACUCGCCUCCCCCUAGCAACUGUAUUUAAGCUUAGAAGAAAACACUGGGAGACGUGAUCAUUGAUCCCUUGUGUAUCAUCUAAUUUGGCCCUCAGGUUCUCUGUGACCACGUGAAAAGCUGCUAGUUGUUUGUAUUGCCAGACAACCACUGAGUCUCGCAGACCAACUGAAUUUGUUCCACAAUUCAGUGGCCUCCAGUGAAGAGUGUGCAGCAGUCAAUAGUUGCAGAGCUGUUACUGAAAUAAUUCAAGUGAGGAUCUGCCUCAUGCUUAUCUCCCUUCUAUUGAUGUGAAGAGGAUUUUAAAAGUGUAACAUACCUAAAACACAAUAUUUUCAAUGUCUCUUUGCAGGAAAUCAAGUCGGCCCACAAGAUAGCCAAGAGGUAUUCCUCCAUCCCUCAGAUGUGGUCUAGGUGCUUGCUGCGCCACUGCUAUGGCCUCUGGUUUAUCUGCCUUCCUGCCUAUGUCAAGGUGUGCCAUUCCAAAGUGAGGGCUUUGAGGACAGCCUAUGAUGUGCUGCGGAAAAUGCACUCGAAAAAGAUUGAUCCACCUGACGAGGUAAAUUGCCUACAUCUAGUACCUGGUGUGGAAACUGGAGCUUCAAUUCAGGAGCUGUGCUAGGGAGUUCUGGACUUGGUGACUUGAUGAGUUCAAAAGGGGCAGAAAUAUGAUUUAUAGUCACCACCAGUAUUUCCUCUUCCUGGACCUCUGCUGGGUUAUUGCUUGCAACUUGCCUCCCAAGUAGAUUCUUCACAAUACAGCUGUCUGGCAGUGAAACAGGUGCUUCUCUAGCAACUCUGAACUUUCUCUUGAAUCUGGUGUCACCUUUGCUUCCAAGGUCUGUGGGAUGGUGGGGGAGAGUUGGGGAUGAAGGAAAGGCUCAGAAUGGGGUUGGAGGGGUUCUUGUGGGAGCCCAGGAAUCCCUAAUAUGGAUCUCUUCUGGCCACCUCUGCACUGCUGCAAGUUCCUCCAGGUUUUUAGGGUUCUCUAUGAGACCCCAAGCCUUUUCCUUUGAAGAGGUCUCUCCAGUGUCUAGGUUAGAUGACAUAAAUGGAUGUCCUUUCUGAAAUAUGAUGAUGGCCCUAAGUUGGCCAGUUUCUUGAGAAUGAAUUUGUGUUGUGCUUUUAUUAUUUUUUGUUGGCAGCCGCCCAGAGUGGCUGGGACAACCCAGUCAGAUGGGCGGCAUAUAAAUAAUGCAUUAUUAUUAUUAUUAUUUUAUCUGACAAGGAGAAUCUUGUUUUUUUCCAGGUAUGCUACCGGGUGUUGAUGCAGUUAUGUGGACAGUAUGGCCAGCCUGUGCUAGCAGUGAGAGUCCUUUUUGAAAUGAAAAAAGCUGGAGUUGACCCCAAUGCCAUUACAUAUGGUUAUUAUAAUAGGGUAAAUAUUUGUUAAUUAUUUGAAAGCCUUGCAUUUUAGUACUGGAAAAAUAAUUCUUUGUAAAGAUAAUGAUCAAUUGGCCAAUGUCUGAUUUCAGCAAACCAUAGUAUAUGCAGUGCUUUUUUUCUGGGGGGACGCAGGGGGACGCCUACCCCUAAACAUUUUGUGAAUCUAAGUUUGGCCUCAUUGAGGGGCAGUAUUUCAAUAUGAGUAGGACAAUGAGAGUACCCCUAAACAUUUUUUAGAGAAAAAGUGCUGAGUAUAUGUGUGCAUGACUACAGACAUGGUUUGGAUUUUUAUCCAUCUGUUCUCUGUUUUUAACACAGUUCUCAGAGUGGUUUAAGAAUCAAAAUGUCUCUCCCCAGGAAACUUUGAAAAUGGUAACUCCAUGAGGGAAGUGGAGGUCACCUAAUAAUUCUCAGCAUUCUUAACAAACUAUGGUUUCCAGAAUUCUUAGGAGGAAGCUGUGACUGUUUAAAGUGUAUAGUGCAGGUGGUCUUGCCCAGAAUGAGACCAGGGAAACCUGGUCUCAAAAUCCUAGGCCAUGACAUUUUUGGAACAGGUUGAUCAUUGGAUUGCUUUAAUAUAGAAUGGGAUAACUGAAAGUGUACUACUCCAAGAUCCUUAGGUUGUGUAAUUUAAAUAAUUUCCUUUACUGUUAUUACAGGCUGUUUUGGAAAGUACUUGGCCGUCAAGCAAUCGAAGUGGCUAUUUUCUGUGGACAAAGAUAAGAAACGUUGUCUUAGGAAUAGCUCAGUUUAAAAGAGUUCUAAGGAAGCAACCUGCAAAUGGCAUCCACAAAGUUCUUUCUGGUAGGAGUUUUUAUGCAUCUUUUGGUUUGUAGCUCUGCAAAUGUAACUGCUUUCAAUAGGUAGAAAUGCCCAGUUUUCAAAAUCAGUCUUAAUUUAUGCAGCAUAUUCUAUUCAGUGUUUUAAUUGCUGUAAUGGAUGACACAAAGACCAGGGAUGUCUUAUCCAGACUAACAUGAAUGAUAGGGCCUCAGCUAUGUAGCACAUUCUGCUGCGUGUACCUCUUGAAAAUAUGAUGAGCUACAUGACACAAUGAGGAAGAGACGCUGAUGGAACAGGAAUGGUCAGAAUCCUGGGUCUCUCUGGCAAAAUUGUGGGGAACAAAUAUUUAAAGAUUUAUUGCAUUGCUAUCUUACUCCUUAAAAUAUUAGACAUAUAGGAAGCUGUAUUGGUCCAUCGAGGUCAGCACUAAUCACACAGACCAGUAGUAACUCCAUGGUUUCAGACAGGGAACAUUCUCAGCUCUGCUUGGAGAUGGCUCAGGGGACCAAACCCAGGACCUUCAGCGUGCAAAGUAGAUCCUCAACCACUGAACCAUGCCUCUUCCCUGUAUAAGUCACAGUGGUCCAGAAUACAUAAAUUCUAAACUGACAUUUUGGCAGAGAUUAAGUUACUGGCUGUCGUCUAGAUUCAUCUGGUAAGAUAGUCUUACUCAGUGCUUGAGUCCGCACCCCCCCUCAAAAAAAGCACUAGUCUUACUGAAUUUCAUAAUUGAGAGGGGUAAAAAUCCCUUUUCUCCCAAACAGCUUUGUACAUCCUUCCUAACUGCAGCCAGACAGGCACUGGAACCAAGGGUCUUCUUUCUAAUAAUCAGUGUCAUGCAAAAAAUACAGGCAGUCUCUAAAAGCAGAACAGCCCUAUUAACUGAGGACAGUCUUUAGUCACCAAAAAGUCCCCCAAGUUUCUGGAAAUGUUCUACUGCUGAGUUUCCUCAUUCAAACAAAUGGUCACUUUUACAAACAAUAUCACCUCUAUACAGUGGUACCUCGGAUUAAGAACUUAAUUCAUUCUGGACGUCUGUUUUUAACCUGAAACUGUUCUUAACCUGAGGUACUACUUUAGCUAAUGGUGACUGCCGCUGCACGAUUUCUGUUCUCAUCCUGAAGCAAAGUUCUUAACCCAAGGUACUAUUUCUGGGUUAACAGAAUCUGUAACCUGAAGCGUCUUGUAACCCGAGGUACCAAUGUACUUCAUUGCAACAGCAUCCCAUGAUUCCCUUUCUGCUUGGCAUUCUUUUUAAAGUAAAAAAUGUAUUGUUAAUUUUUUAUCCUUUUUAUUAUGAUAGGGGAACAUUCAGAUCUGUUAUACAGGCUAUCGAAAGCAGCAGCUAAACAAGGGAAAGCCACAGCUCAGAGGAAUGGUGAGCAAAAGGAAGAGAAGAAAGAGAGUGACUCUAGUUCUUGUAAGUAUCAAAUAUUGAUACUUGUCAUGCUGCCUGAAUUCUGUUCCUUUGGGGUUGUUUUGAUUCCAACUUUUAUGCACUGCCUCUCUUUUGAAUAUCCCUUUACUGUUGUAUUUCUGUGCCAUGUUGUGUCAUAGACUACCAGCAGCUUGGGAGAACUGUUGAGGCAGCCCCACCUUUUGGUGUCCAUAUUUUUAAUUGUUAGCCCCCUUGGGUGCCUUGGUUUAUCAAUGCAUUAUAAUGCAGUACAUAAAAUUAUAAUGAAUACCUUCCACAAGCACUGCUGGGCAAAUGCAAAGACAAGGAAGAGAGUCAAUAAGAAAGAGUCUUCUUUCUUCACCAUUAUUCUCUCAGCCCUUUUUAUUAUUGGCUGAAUGCUCACUGGAGCAAAUGCAUAUGAUGUAGAACUGUAACAACCUCUAUGGUUUCAUAAAGUGAAUUUAUGCACAUUUGAAUUUAAGAGGUUUGAAAAGAUGGUUAUGCCUACAGGGGAUUUUAAUCCAUUAUGAGUCUUAAAACAGACAUGAAAAACUUGGAUUCUUGCCUCUGGUGAAAAGUACAGAUUUCGUGUGCUUCUGGGAAGAGCGUGAAGACUUUGUAACUCAGUUGCAUAACGGAUCAAAGAACCUAGAUUUUUACAGGAAUGUGUGUGUGCGCGCACAUUUCUAAAUCAAUGUUAAAUUAUGUGGUGCUGCUGCUUAUUAUUAUUACUAGUAGUAGUAGUAUUAGUAUUAAAAUUUAUACCCAGCACUUUCCUCCAAAGGAGCCCAGGGCAGGAAACAUAACAGUGCAAAAGCAAUACAAUUAAAACUUCUAAAUCCAGUUAAGAGCAACCUCUAACAACAGUUCAAAACUCUUAAAAGCUAUCACCUCCUCUCUGACUAAUAAUUUCAGGGUUGCCACAGCCCAGGAUUUUCACCAUCCAAUGCCUGGGUAAACAGGAAUGUUUUAGAAUUUCUCCUAAAAGUUAAUAGUGAGGGAGAUUGAAGCACCUCUCUAGGGAGGGCCUUCCACAGAUGGGAAAGCCCCACCGAGAGACGGCACGGUCACACAUCACUGCCAACUGCGAAAUCCCCUUGGCACUGGUUUGGUACUUAAUACUAAUACCUUGAAUUGGCCAAAUAGCUCACUGACAGCUAGUGUUGUGUCUUAAAUACCCGUUGCCCCACUUAUUAACCUAGCAGCUGCAUUCUGUAUUAGCUGCAGCCUCAGGACUAUCUUCAAGGGCAGCCUUGCAUAGAUCACAUUACAGUAGUCCAAGUGGGAGGCCACCAGGGUAUGGGUAACUGAGGCUAUCCCAAUCCAGGAAUGACUGUAGUUGGAGAACCAGUCUAAGCUGGGAAUAAGCGCAUAAGCAAUAUCGCCUCCUGCCACUGCCAUCCUCCCUGCACUAUAGGGCAAUCACUUGUCAUGUGUACUUACUGCUAAGAGAUUCUGCUGCUCAGGUUUCAGCUGCCAUGUUCCCUUGUUGAUAAUGCACCAUGCUAGCAUCUCCACACAUGCACAGUAUCAUAUGGAAACAUGUAAUAUAUGUAAACCAGCCUGCCCUGCGAGCAGUAAAGAAGUGUGAGACGGUCUACAUGGUAUGCUAGUUUGACUUUUGAAUACCUAAUAACUUGGGGAAAUGGCUUAUGGUUAAUGCUCCUAUUUUUCUAGAAUUUACUAAGAGCAAGCUCAAAUCUUAACAAGUGAUAUAUGUUUAUUGUCUGUGUAUACAGUAUCUGAAGUAGAAAGUGGAAAGGGAAGUGGUGACUGCCUUCCUUCAUUAAAUUAUCAAAAUUCGAAUAGAGCUAAGCCUGCAUCAAGGAUUGUUCGCCUGAAUGAUAAAAUUGGCAAAGUAGCAGAUACAGCAGGAGAGAUCGGCAGAGGUAAGCUGGUGCAGUUGAUUCUCAUGAAUUGAUGGUUUUGACUCAUUUAUUUUCUGUGAGACAACAAUCCCAUUGCAUACAUUCAUUCAUAAGAGGGCUAGAUAUUUUUUUCUCAGGACUGUUAACAGGAUUCUCUAUUAAUAUGGUAGUAUAUAAGGGUCCCCAUCCUAUCAUAAAACUCCUACACAUGUUAGAGAUGUCUAAGGUUUUAUGCAAUUUCUGCACUGCUUUGCUUUGUGACUAAAGUAACCCCACUUCCCUGGAUUUGUGUGUGUUUCCCCCUCACAGAAAGCUCUGCAGGAUUGUUAUUCUCUUGCUUUGAGGAUAUCAACAAAACAAGAGUUACUAGAGUUGAAAGCUUAAGAAAUAGGCACUUAAAUGCAGCUGAACUGGAUCAGAAACAGAUGGUUUGGAGAAACAGGAACCGUAAUCUGAGUGGAGAUGCUUUGAUAGAACUCAUGAAAAACCAUAUUAACCAGGAGGCAAGUCCAGAACAAAUAGUUGAAAAACUAGGAGUGGAUGCAAAAAUUCUUUCCAAAGUGUUUGAAAAGAGAAAAAGGCCCAACACUCUCAACAUCAGACAGUCUUCCUUGGGACCCAGUAAGAGAGGGAACUUGGAGAAAGAAUCCAGUGAUGAGGAUGCUCCCUAUGAGGACCUUUUUGUGGACAAAACAGAGUCUCCUGUCAUAUUUGAUUUGGAAGAUUUGGAUAAUGAACCUUUCUCAGUGAAGACUGUGAAGCUGUUACAUAAAAGGCCAAAGAGGAUUCAGCGAGCCAUCAGCUUUCCAGUAAAGCUCGUUGAGAAAACUGGUGUUGAGAUGGGAUUUGAUCCACUUUCCUUGCUGGCUGCUGAGACAGAACAACAGAAAGAGGAAGAGGAUGACGAUGAGGACAGAAGUGCCUCAACCCCGUCUGCAAGGCGAGAUUUAGCUGAAGAAAUAGAAAUGUAUAUGAACAAUAUGAGCAGCCCCUUAACAAGCCGUACGCCAAGCAUAGAUUUGCAAAAAGCCUACAGUGACAAGAACACCAACAAAAAGAGUCCAACGUUGGCUCAGCCAUGCCGGAGAUCUAGCCUUCCUCCAAACUCACCCAGACCGGCAAGCCUUACCAAAUCCAAAAGCUACCACAUAAAAAAUGAAGAAAGGGGAAGGGACAGACUUUGGUCCUCUCCAGUAUUUUCUCCCCAUAGUCUGUCCAGGGGACAAUCUCAGGAUACAGCUGGUGCAAUAGCUCUUGCCUCUCCAACUGCUUUCAACUUGGAUACACUGCUAACACCUACCUUUGACGUUCUAAAGACCAGCAUGUUUUCUGCAGGGAAAGGGGUUGCUGAGAAGGCCAGCAAGUGGUACUCAAAGUUUACUACGUAUGCAGCAUCAGCAAAGGUAAGCAUCUUAAAACAUUGCUGGGUGCGAGGGGAGCCAAAAUGGCUCCUGUAGUAGAGCAGUUCUCAAACUGUGGUGUGCAGCUCUUUUGUGCAGUGCAGGUGUGUGAGAAACUUUCCCUGUCACUUAAGAUGAUAAAAAUGUUUUCAGCAAAGAUUUGGGUAUGCAUACAAAUCCUGUGAUUUGAGAGCCAGGUGCAUGUAAAUCACGCUGAGACUAACAGACCUGACUUUCCUCUGGGAGACUCCAAGAGGAAAGAAAAUAAUAGUUAUGUCAAACACAGAGAAGGAAAAUGGUUGCAAAAUAAAUAGAUAGGGCCCUCUGUCUUCUUGCACUGUAGGGACAAGUAAAUUGUUGUUGAUCAAAUUUUUCAUCCUGAAAAAGGAAAAGAAUUUUGCUCUCUACCAGCCAAUAAAUUUUGGAAUGUGAUGAGACAUUGAAAGUGGCAUCUAUAUGAUAACUAUUGCAGGAGAUAUUCAGUCUUCAUUUGUUAACUAUAUACAUGAGUCAGGUUGCUUGGCACUCAGAUUUUCACUUCCAGUUAAUAGAAGUCAACUUGGAUGUUCAAAGCAGUUAUUCUAGAAGAAGAUCCAGCUUGGUUCUGUUGGUAUUGAUGAUGGUGUUUCUUCCAGAUACUUUCUAUGAGACCUUUAAGCACAGAAAACAUUACUAUUCUUGUUUUCAGGAUCAAAACUCAGACCGAGCAAGCAUUUCAUCCCUUGGGGCCCUUGAUUCAGAAACUGCCUCCCUGACUGAUGAAGACGUCUGCAAUGAUCUUGAAAGCAACUCCUCUCCUCAAGAGAAUGCCUCCUCUGUGUUAAAGGGAAUUGGCUUGAGUAGGACAAGUCUUGAAAGUUCAGCUUCUAACAGUGGCACAUCGAAGCGUUUUUCUCAGUCCGGUAAGAGUUCUCCUUAAAUUUCUCAAAUUUCCUUUCUUACCCUAUUUAUUUUAUUUUAGUUAUUUGGUAACAGAUGUAUGGGGUGUUAGGGGAGGGGUAGUACCUCUGGUGAGGGACAUGUUAUGCUCCUUCUGGGGUAGUUUGUCCACCUUUGGUCCCUACCCUGCACUCAGCUGUCACCUGCGGCUCCUAGAAGCUGGCAGCAUGUGACAGCGACCACACCAUAGGAAUGGCUUCGACUGGCCAGCUAAACCAGGUGAGGGUAGCCGAUGGGUCUCAUACCCUCAGUGGGUUAGGGACUUCCCCUGCAUACAAAGACAAGCUCUGGCAGAUUGGGUGGAUGAGACCAAUAGUGGGUCUAACGGUCAAGAAGGCAGUUUCUGCACAUGCUGUGGAGGGAAGUGAGGGAAAGAUGGGGUUCGUUAACCUGGAAAGGCGGCCCUUCUAGGAGAAGGAAAAAUCUGGUCCUAAACCUCUGCUUCUUUAUGGGGUAUCUUCUGGAGAAGAAAAUGCUAAGGAGUAACCCUACACAGAUCCGGAGUGGAGUCCCUAAGAUGGUUGGGUGGCGCCUUGUACGCCUCCUUCCGGCAACUCAUUCAGCCAAGCUGGUGCCAAACGUAUUGCUCUGCUUUCCUUUGGACUACAUCAGUGAGGCGGAGAGUGGGGCCUUGCCAUCUGGGCAGUCCAGGACCUUGGUACACACUAUCCAGGGUUGCGCCAUGAGGAGCUCACUUCGGUGCUGCUAAUGCAGCGGUUUGAUUUGAUCCCUGGAGAUGCACUCCAUUGUCUCUUGAGAGAGACAGAUGUCAACAACAGUUAUUUAGAAUUGUGUACUGCUUUAUGUCAUGCAGGCCUCAAAGCAUUUCCCAUUAAAAAUACACAUCGCAAAAAACAAAAUCAAUAAAAUCUCGUAAAAUUCAAAACAUAUAAUAACAGUUUAAUUCUAUUUAACAACAGCACAAAAUAGUGGUAGGGAGAGAGAAAAUUAAACUUAUCCACAAAAAGCUACUCAAGAUUUCCCCUGGCUAUUACUUGCACAGUAACAACAGCAGUGUACUCAUGCAACUAAUGUCACAUCAUGUCUAAUUUGCAAUAACUUUUAUUGUCUCUCUGUGGAUGACUACCUCUCCUGUCAUUCUCUUCUCUUCUGCUUUUUGUUAGUAAUAUUCCAAGUUCUAAGAGUGUGUUUCUGUUUUUAUUAUUUAUUUUUAUUUAUAAAAGUACUUAUAUACCUCUAUUCAUAAAAAAAUGACAGCUGUUUACAACAAUUGUACUUUCCAUGACAAUGUAGUACUAUCAUGGGUCAGUCUAGCAUUUCCUUCUGCAGUAACAAGUAUCUAUUUGCCUUUUAGGCUCUCUUUCAAAGUUUCCUUUGCCUGGCAGAUCAGAGCUGGUAUCAUCUUGCAGUACAAGCAGCACCAGCGUGUUCCAGAAUUACGCACUGGAGGUACAGCAUUUCCCCUUUUUAAACAGCUUGUGUUCUAUACUAGCAAAAAGGAUAGGUUACUCGCUUUCUCAGUUUGGUGUGGAGGAGGUAUCCAGAUAACAGGUUGUCUCCUCCUUCUGGCUAGAAACAGACAAGGAACCAUGGGACCCAGAUCUUUUGUGCUACAUCUGAUUUCCUGAGACCCCUGCCUCAUCAAAGAGCUCUCUGCUCUAUCCCCACUCAUCUCUACCUUACAUUUCCCCGCUUAAGUUAGUGUUAGUUCUGAUGAAAAGGAUGGUUCAUAUACUUUCUAGUUUGCCCUGUGUAAUGGCCAUCCCUUUAGGGUAGUUUCUAAAAUCAAGGUGACCCUUCAGUUCAGAAAUGUAGCUUUCUAAUAUUAAUGGAAUAUUUUUUGCCAGUUACUGCUAAGGGGACCUUCAUUACUCUUUCAAAUGAACCUUCAAAAGCCUCAUUACUAUCCAAAUGAGCAAUCGUUGAUACCCACUGAUAAGCUGUUGAUAGAAGAAGCCAGCAAAUCAAUCUAAAAUGUAUUUGUCAGCUCUAAAAAUAGAGUGAUUCAGCUGCUAAUUUGUUGACACCGCAGUGCAGCAAAAUCCUCAUAGCUGCUUUUUCUUCCAUUGAGGCAACUAAUUAAAUUUUCGUGACAGGGAGGGGUGUCCUCAAGGGGAUCAGCUGAAUGUUGGAGAACUCUGUAUUGCGCUCUGGAAAGGUCAGGACUAGAUAAUUAAAUCUCAAAGGGUUUAAAACAGGUGGGGAACCUACAGCCCACAGGCCAGAUCUGGCCUGCUGCUAGGUUUCAUCUGGCCCAUGGGCAAAUAUUUAGGAGAUUUAAAAACCCUAUAUACAAAUUGGUUCUUCCUCUUUUUCCUUCCAUACAGUGGUACCUCAGGUUAAGUACUUAAUUCGUUCCGGAGGUCCGUUCUUAACCUGAAACUGUUUUUAACCUGAAGCACCACUUUAGCUAAUGGGGCCUCCCGCUGUCGCUGCGCUGCCAGAGCCCAAUUUCUGUUCUUAUCCUGAAGCACUAUUUCUGGGUUAGCAGAGUAUGUAACCUGAAGCGUAUGUAACCUGAAGCGCAUGUAACCCGAGGUACCACUGUAUCUUGGUUUGGUAUCUGUUAUUUAGCAUUAAUAAGGAUGAGGGAGAGGGAAUGAGAGUGAGCAGCGGGUGUUUUAUUGACUGAUGUGACAUCACAUACACAACGCUUGCACAGAGCCCAGCUGUUCCUCAUCUCCCACCCUCACUUUGACCUACUUCCUUCCUUUGUGCUGGUAGAGACAGAACACUCUAUCUGGGUCUACAUGUGCCUAUGGGGUGUGUGUGUGUGUGUGUGUGUGUGUGAGAGAGAGAGAGAGAGAGAGAGAGAGAGAGAGAGAGAGAGAGAUGGUACAUGCAAGUGAAUGGUUGGUGUUAUUCUUCCUUUCAAGAAUGAACCAAACCAAUAGAGAAGGGAAGUUCCACAUUCCUUUUCACCUUCACACUUCACUGUCUGCCGUGACAGUGGUUCCUGGAGAAUAUUCCUGAGCCUGGCAUAUAACCUGCCUAAGAGGCUGCCUGAGCAGCAGCAAUCCCUACGCUACCAUCAGCACCUUGUUCAGAUCUUCGCAACACCUCACCUUGUCAAGCAAGUCUUGUGUACCUGGCUGAAUUGUUAGCAUCCUUUACAAGAAAUGUGGUGAUGAUGGUGGUGUUCAGGGGCAGCCAAACAUGGUGUAAAAUGGUGUGAGGCUCAGUUAGCAUCCAUACAUUGUAGAGAUGGGCCUGUGGCUUUUGUGGGGUGUGGAAUUCCAACAUCUCCCCCCCCCCCCCCGUGAACUUUUUCUUGGGGUCUCUUAUGGAGUUUCUGCCCAGGAGCCCCAGACUGAAAGACUCCCCAAAAAGUCUCUGUAUGCUGAGAGGUCAAGCAGGGUCGGUUUUGUUUUGUUUUUUAAUUAACAGAGAAUCAGGCUGUGUUGCUACUUGUGGUUCCAUUAUCCAGCCAGCUGAAGAGAAUGCAGCCCAACAUUCUUUGAUUUGAAUUAACAAGCCAUGUGAGAGAGAAAAACAUCCUGCCUGUCCAAUUGAAGUCCCCAGAGGCAAACUGAAUUUGGCUCACAGCAUGCAAAGAGGUGUCUUUGCCCUCACUUCUCUGCUCCUUCCUUUCCCCCGCCUUUGGGCUAAAGGCCCUUGGAAGGCAGAAGCUUCCACAUCUCUGGCUUAAAACAAGGUCACUAACAGAAAGAGGAUAUGCUGAUAGUGGAUUAGGUUGCUGAUCUCUGAGUACCUUGAAUUGAACAUCUUCGUGCCUUGCUGGAUUCAUGUGUUGAAACUGAACUGCUGGUUGUUGUUUUUUAGGCCUGCAAUCUUUAAUUAGCUUAAUUAGUAGAUUAGACAACUGACGUUUUAAUUGGUUUAAUUGGUAUGAGGGCAGUUUUUGCUCAGGAAGGCUGGGAGUUGAGAGCACAUUUACUUAUUUGCUCAGCCCCUUUUAGUUCCAGCAUGUAAAUGUAAGAGCAGAUGACAAAGAAAUGGUUGAAGUUGCCUUGCAAACAAGUCCACAAGCAAGCAUUUUUGUUAGCCAGCCUGCCAGUUCAGCUAUAAGACUGCAAUUCUGUGCAUGCUUAACUUAGAAGUCAGCCACACUGAAUUCAGAUUUGCUUUCCAAAAAAACACGUCUGGAAUUGGACUGUUUUCAUCUCCAGAACCUGAAAAACAGUGAAAAUUUUACUCGAUGUUUCACGGUAACCUAUCAGAAUGCAACAUAUUCAAACCCUGUGUACAUCUGCAUACAUGAUACAUUAUUUACUUUCAACUUCAAUAAAUGAAUCUAAAAUACCAAAACAAGUUUGACAUUUACAAACAUUUCCAACUAUAUUUUAAGAUUUCCUUUGGUGGUCAAUUUGAAAUGGGAAUCUCCAGCCCCCCUGAAGUUUUCAACCAAAGAAUAGGAUGCAGAGCCGAGAGGCGCUUUCAGCCCAGCUCUAGGUUUUAUGAAUUCACUUGGGUUUCUAUUGCAGUUUGAUAUGACUUGGGAUUUCUCUUGCUACUGGGGGCAAAAGCCGCACUGAGGGCUUUAAUGAAGUGCUUUCCACAGGUCCUCAUCUCAAGCUGUUCACGAUGCCAUACCUGUGACUGUCUUGUACAUGAUGAAGAAAUCAUGGCAGGCUGGACAGCAGAUGAUUCCAACCUUAACACCACAUGCCCUUUCUGCGGAAACCAAUUCUUGCCUUCCCUGAACAUCGAAAUCAGAGAUCUACGGGGUCCUGGAAGGUAACUGAUUAUUUGCCAUUGGAUUCUUGCUUGCAGUAUUUCCAAAUGUGUGUUGUCUAAUUGCAACAUUUUUGGGGGGUACUUUUUAUAGAUAUUUCCUGAAAUCCAGUCCAUCUUCAGAGAACAUGCAGCUUCCAUCAUCUUUUUUCAACCAUACAGCAAAGUCCUGCAUCUCUGAUCCCACAUCAGGAUUUUCAGCAUCUCUAAUACCUGCUCAGGAUGACUUGCAUUCAAAUAGGUAAAAUUAUCACAUUUUGACUCAGUCAAAGAAAAAAAAACACUUGACAUGCCUGUGGGCAUUUAAUAAUACUUUAAUAAAUGCCCACAGGCAAGUCAUGGUUGCCCACUCCAUCCUGACUGCUCAAAGUGGGUAAGAGGAUGCUGACUUCGAUGGUCCUUGGCCUGAUUCAGCGAUAAAAAUUAAAACCAUAAAGCAACAUCAGAAAAGCAACAGUCUACCCAAAAUACCCAUUAGAAAGCCACAGUAAAAUCAGCAUGAAUCAUUAUGCUAAUUUUUAUUAAUAAUCAACAGUGGCAUGGUAAUAAUCUAUGCCCAUCAGUUAGAUAAAUUUUAGAAGAUGCAGGGGAAAUGGGGAGGAGGUUGUCAUGAAAUGGCUCAUAUACAUGAAUAAGAAAACUGUGUGUUCUGGCUUAGUGGCUAGACUGAAGUCUAUUUUCUGCCCACCUAAGAACCAGUUAGCAGUAUGGCACAUUUAUCAGACAGCAGGCAAGCAAGUUUAUUGAAGGAUGGAUUCUAUGUGCAGUGUGUUAGAACAGCAAAUAACAGGACAGUGUUUGACCUUACCUUUUCUUUUUAUUGUAGAGUUGUGUGAGAGAUUGGGGGGGGGGAGGUAGAUGUUGAUUUUUUAAAUGUGUGAUUUUAGGUAAAAUAUAAAAAGACAAAUACAAAUAUUCUUUUGUUGGUAACAGAUCCAAAGAGCCUGAUAGCACCUGUGCCAGAAGCAUUCAGAUCCCUCCAAGAAGGCAAAAUGCUGCUGGGACUGAGCACACCAGCCAUGCCUUGUCUCGAAGCAUGAGUACUUUCAGUCCCCUGGAGGUGGAGGAAACAGAGCAUCACAAGCACAGUCACAUUGUUCCCACUGGGAGCUUGCCUACCACAUUGCAGGGGACAGCUGUGAGUACUUAGGCCUUCUUUUCUUGCCUUCAGAGCAAUCAAAGAUUCUGCAAAGCACAAUUGCUUUUACCAUGUUGGUGCUAGUUGUCCUGCUUAAAAUUUACCAAAGGGGGGGAUAAUUGACCAAUGGUAUAAUCCCAGAAGUGUCACACAGAGUUAAACUAUGAAGCUUGGUCCCACAAGAGGCAGUGAUAGUCAGCAAUUUGAAUGGCUUAGACGAAUUCAUGGAGGAUAAGGCUAUCCUAUGGCUACUAGCCACCAUGUUCUCCCUCCACUGUUGGAGGCAGCAUGUCUCUGAAUACCAGUUGCUGAGAAUCACAAGUGGAAUGAGCACUGUUGCACUUGGGUCCUGUUUGUGGGCUUCCCUUUGGGACUUUUGGUUGACCACUGGGAGAACAUGAUACUGGAAUUAAAGGGCAUUUGGUCUGAUCUGGCAGGCAGGCUCUUAUGUUUUAAUGAUACUCAAUAAAACACUAGUCAAACAACAGUGGAUGUUAGGAGCAUAGGAAGCUUCCUUUUACUAAGUCAAGACAUUGAUCCAUCUAGCUCAGUAUUGUCUGCACUGACCAGCAUUAGCUCUCCAGAGUUUCAGAUUGGAAUCUUUGCCCAGCCCUAUCAGAAGAUGCUAGGGAUUUAACCUGGGAACUUUAUGCACAUAAAGCAGUUGCUCUUAACACUGAGCCAUGGCCCUUCCCCAAAUUAAAGCCCAUCGGAGAAUAAAAGGCUAGGAAAAUGAAAAAGUCUUCUCCUAGCACCUAAAGGACAUCAGUGUAAGCGCUAGGAUAGGUUCUCAAGAGAGUUGCGACUGAGAAGGCUGCCUCUUCUUACCCACUUUAGUAGCUCCUGAAGAAGAACCUCUAAAGUAGAGCUUAGCUAAUCAUGAGACCCAAUGUGGGGUAGUGGUUAGAGUGUCAGCCCAGAACCUGAGAGACCAGGGUUCAAAUCCCUACACAGCCAUGAAGCUCAUUGGGUGACCUUGGGCCAAUCACAGUCUCUCAGCCUAACCUAUCUCACAGGAUUGCUGUGAGGGUAAAAUGGGUAGGGUGGGGGUGGAGAGGACCAUGUAUGUCACUUUGAGCUCCUCAGAGAAAAGAUGGAAUGCAAAUGUAAUAAUAAAUACAAAAAAUGUUUAUUUUUAUUUCUUUAUAUAUGCAAUAGGAUCCUUUGGGGUUGGAGUGGCGUUUGCAGAGUCCAGAGCCCAUAACUGUACCAUACCUGAGUCCUCUUGUUGUAUGGAAGGAGCUUGAAAGUUUAUUAGAAAAUGAAGGGGAUCAUGUGAUAACAGUGCCAGACUUUGUGGACCACCAUCCCAUUGUGUUCUGGAAUCUAGUGUGGUAUUUUCGACGCCUGGACUUACCCAGUAACUUACCAGGAUUAAUACUGUCCUCUGAGCAUUGUAAUAAGAAUUCAAAGGUAUGAAAAAAUGGCUGUACAUUUGUUUUAAGGGCUUGACAAAUUAUUAUAAACCUUGUGCCUUCCGACUGCAGCUCUUCUCUGCUCCUACAGCUUCCCACUCCAGGGAUUUUGGGACUGUGCAUGUGUGUGUUUUGGGGCAGAAAGAGAGAGAACUACCAAUCUGUUUUAGACCUGUAUUGAACAUGUUCUGGGAUAGUUUCUGAUUCUAGAGAUCCUGUUGAUAUCCUCAUAAUGAGUACUGAAAGCAUGCUGGCUAGAUCUCUGAAAUUGAAGACUGAGCAGUAUUCUGCUCAUCCUUGCAGAAUGCUUCAAGAAUGGAAAAUAAGUGCAUGUCUAGUCUCUGGACCAGACUAGCUGAGAUGCCAAUAGCCAGUGCAGGGGACUGGCAGAGAUGUAAAUAAGUAGGUGCCAGGGGACUGUGCAUAGUUUUUUGUUUUUCGUUUUACCCCUCCUCCACUGUGUUUCAAAUCUGGAUCGAAGAGUCUGCUCCUUGCACUGGGGGAAAAAGUUCAAUUUGUGACAAUGGCACAGGAACAGGGGGCCAAUCCAAAUCCAUACCACUGCAGGGAACAAAGAGCGAAAAACCACAUUACACCUUCCUUCACAGGCUAGGGUGUCAAUCCUGUUUACUUUUUUGCCUUUUGCCACACCCACUUUCACCUCUGGCCAGGGUAUUCAUAACUCUUCAGUGGGGCCCUAGCAGAGAAGAAGCUUACAAUGCGAUAGCCAAAAGUCAGAAUUGUUAUCCUUUCCCACUGUGUGUGUGGCAUCAAGGAAGUUUGAUGCUGUUCUGUAAUUUCCUACUAUUAUGUUCAGUCUUGUCUUUUGUGUUGUUAUUGCUCAGAUUCCCAGGAAUUGCAUCUUAGAGGACAGCAAGUACGUUCUAAUUCAGAUGCUGUGGGACAACAUGAAAUUGCAUAAGGAUCCAGGGCAGCCUCUCUAUAUUCUGUGGAAUGCACAGAGUAAGUGAUGACCGGCAUGCAGCCUGGAAGCUGUUGUGUGCUGUUUUUAGAACAAAUUCUUCACUAUGACCACCAGUAACUUAAGCUGAUAAGCAAUGGGGAUUUUGAUUGUGCUAAUCUGUUUGUCUUGCAGGUCAAAACCAAACACUUGUGUUUGAGAGUGAGUGUUACAUUCUGUACUGUUCAGGUUGCUUUUUUAUUUUGUUUGGUUUUUUUUAAAAAAAUAUUCCCCUUUUUAGUGUGUAUGUGUGUAUAUUUUACACAGUAACUUUUUGGCUUACAGUGUACUGCCUUAGCACAAAUUUAUUUUCCAGCCUUUUUUCCAUUCAAUUGUUAAAUUCCUAUCCUUUUUUUUUUUUAAGAUGAACCAUUGGAGUUGUGUUGGUGAUUUGCCUCGUAGGCAGAGAUGGCUGGUCCAUUAAGACAAAUGGAGACACUGCCCCAUCACCCUCUGCCAGACUCAGCUAGCCUUCCCAUCUACCUGCCUUAUAUCCAGCCUAGGAGGUGGCUGUGGCUGCCAGCUUCCUCCUCCACCUUAGUCUCAGUGCUGUCAUUGUGGAACUCUGCAGGGAAGAAGAUGCAGGCUAAACUAGCAUCUCUUGGCUCCACCUGUCAUUGGUUCUGCGUCUCCUGCUUCUCUGCCUUCCUCCCCACCUGUCUCAAUGGACACCAGCCACCACUACUUGCAGGGUCACCUGAGUAAAACCUGGUCUCAAUGCUUGUUUUUGAAUUGGCUUUUAAUACCCAUUUGGUUGCAACUCUUAUAUGCUAUUGGCCAGAACUUCCCUUUUAUGGCUUGCUUUUUUGUGCUUUAUUUUUGUACUCCCUUUAUCCUGAUUCUGUCUUUAUAUGACAAGUGUUUUUUUUUGCAGAGCCAACUUAAAAGGUAUCCUUGUUUUUACCUUUCAGCUGUUAUUCCCCCUGUUAUUAUUCAUUUCCUUCUUAAAUAUUCCUUUUUAUUCCUUCUCCCCAGCACAAAAUUACCCAAUGGUUCGCUUACUGCAGAACGAUGACAGCUCAUUUAACCAGGAGCUCUUAAAAAGCAUGGUGAAGAGUAUUAAGAUGAAUGAUGUCUAUGGGCCAAUGAGCCAGAUUCUAGAGAGACUGAACAAAUGGCCACAGAUGAAAAGGCAAAGGUAAAUGAGCACAGUUAAAAAGAAGCCUAGAGUAUCAUGUUGUAAGAGGAGGAAGUCAUUCAUCCCCUUGAGAGUAUCAAUGCUUUGAUGUUCUGCAUCUUGAAAAAGGAUGCCUCUUGAUAGGAUGCCUUAUGGGCUGUAACAUCAUUUCGUGCUAUGUGUUUGAUACCUGAAUGCUUCUUUAGAACAAACACUCUGCACUCUUUCUUGUAGAGGUGGUGGCAGUUAUUAUUUCACAGUGUUCACUGGAACGUAAUCACUGCCCCCCCCCCCCACAAAAGAAAAUGUUUUAAAUGCAUAUCCGGUCCUGUGGGCUUUCCAGUGGUCUCCCACCCAAAUCAUGCCCACAUCUGAUAAGAUUCAACAAUGCUGCAGCUCCAGGUGAUGCCAGACCAAUUCACCGGACUCCUUGAACCUAUGCCCUCAGUCCAAGCAGCCACAGUGCUGUGUGCUUGUGUGUAUCCUAUUUGGCAAAGCAGCAGUGAGGAUCACAAAUGCACUAUUAAACAUCAAGGCUUUCUCACUCAGUGGAGGGUGACAGCCAGAGUGGUUCAUUCUUCCCAUUUGUUAUGGGAGAAGGGCCAUGAAAAUUAUUCAGGCAGGGACUCUCCCCCUCACAUCCUGGUUGCUUCAAAGAGACAAGGUGUUUCAGAGCUUCUGCUCCACUUUCUUUGGAUGUAAAGGUAAAGGUACCCCUGCCCGUACGGGCCAGUCUUGACAGACUCUAGGGUUGUGCGCUCAUCUCACUUAAGAGGCCGGGAGCCAGCGCUGUCCGCAGACACUUCCGGGUCACGUGGCCAGCGUGACGAAGCUGCUCUGGCGAGCCAGCACCAGCGCAGCACACGGAAACUAUAAAGCGGUACCUAUUUAUCUACUUGCACUUAGGGGUGCUUUCAAACUGCUACGUGGGCAGGAGCUGGGACCGAACGACGGGAGCUCACCCCGCCGCGGGGAUUCGAACCGCCGACCAUGCGAUUGGCAAGUCCUAGGCGCUGAGGUUUUACCCACAGCGCCACCCGCGUCCCCUAUUCCAGCUACCUACAUCUUUGGAUGUAGGUAGCUGGAAUAGGAAGCAAGCUGUACCAGCUUUGCAUUUUGAUCGUGCCUACUGCACUGUGCUCUCCUAAGUGGGUCACAAUGCAAAACCGCCAUGGCUCACAAAAAAAAUGUGGAAACAUAGCAAAGUGGCGCCCUUCGCUCAACCCCAGAGGCAAAAACAGAACAAAGGGAAGCAAUGUCAGGCAUUACAAAACAGUGUUUAUGUAGAGCCCAGGCAAUUUUGGGAAAAAAAUCUCUUUCUCAAGGGCACUGCAAAAGCAUGUACUUAACGUGAUUGCAGCUUCUGCAGAUCACCAGACAUAGAUACAGGGUGAGUCCUUUAAAACAGGCUCUGUGGAUACAGAGUACAUAUGUUCCACGGGGCCUCUUUUAAAAGACUCACCCUGUAGAUAGAUGGAUAGAUAGAUAGAUAGAUAGAGGAGCAAGCUUGUUUAUCAGGCUCUGGGAGUCUUCUCAAGAGCCUCCCAGAGCCUGUUAAGGCAGAGGGCUUAAAAAUUAUUUCCAUGCCACAAAAAUCCUUAACAGAAAGAGCUUUUAAACCCUCCACCCUGCUUACCAAGCUGUGGGAGACUCCCAUGAGAUCUCAGGCAGCCCCAUUCUCAAAAUCUUGGAUGGCAGGGACAGUUCCAGGGCUUGUUCUGCCGUGAUUCUGCCUUUGCACGCAGUCCCUGGGAAUGUAAACCUUGUGUCAAUUGCAGUCCCACUAUGUGGUAUAAAUAAGAAAAAGGGUACCGUAUUUUUCGCCCUAUAGGACGCACUUUUUCCCCUCCAAAAAUGAAGGGGAAAUGUGUGUGCGUCCUAUGGGGCGAAUGCAGGCUUUCGCUGAAGCCUGGAGAGCGAGAGGGGUCGGUGCGCACCAACCCCUCUCACUCUCCAGGCUUCAGGAAACUAUCCCCCCAGCCCGGCAAGCUCCCAGAGCGAUGCCGAAGCUGCGCGCAGCUUCGCCAUCACUCUGGCACCCGUUCUGGGGGCUGGGGUCGGGGGAAGCUCGGGUUUCCCCUGCCCCAGCCCCGUGCCUGGGGGAAAAAAAUAAAUUUCCCCCCCUUAUCCCCCCCCCCCCGAAAUCUAGGUGCGUCCUAUAGGGUGAAAAAUACGGGAAUUAGUACAAAGUAGAACAGCCUUCUCCAGCUUGGUGCCUCCUCCACCCCAGAUGUUUUGGAGUAGAGCUUUCAUCUGGACCUAACCUCUAUGCCCAGGUUGGCAAGGAGAGUAGGGUGCUGUGGCGAUCACACAGGGCCCCUGGACGUUUCAAGGUCUAUUGACCCUCUGCCACCACUGCGGUUGCUUUCUUCGCUGCCACCACCCCGCUUCUCACAGGGACACAUGGAGUCCAGACAGUUGUUAACAUAAACAAAUAAUCAAGUUUAUUUUUAAGUGCAGGAAUAAGUGUAUGGUUUCGGUUUAUUUUUCUCUUGUCAGUUUCUUAAAUCUUAGUUCCUAACAACUUCAAACUGAAUUAUUCCCAACUAUGUAUUUACCUCCCUAACAAUUCCUCUCACUCUCUCACAAUAACUCGACCAACCCACUGCCUAUUCCACCCUCUUCUCCAACACCCAAGCCUCAACUCCCAACUGACAAACCUCAACUCCCAACUGACAAACCUCAACUGACUUUUCAAAACCUCCCACUCUAUCUUUUACUCCCCCCCUGCAUUCUCACUGGCCAAUCACAUCACACCCAUUUUAACCCUUUCCUUGACCCAUCCUAGGAGGCAAACGCCACAGGUGCAAUCCAGCCUUCCAAUCUCUUUUAACAGUGAGAACUCCCCUUCGCCUCAUGUUGUGUUUUCUAGACCUGGCAGGGCUAUCAUCAUGACCCAGUUACAAAUAAUAAUAACAAUGCAAAAAUCACUACUUUUAGAGUGGAGAAGAAUGUCCGGAUUAUAUGAAGUAUAGUAGGUUCAUAUAAGAUUGUGGUUUUUAAAAUAACACUUUCCAAUGUAUCUUUUUUAGGAGCCUUUAUAGAGAAAUACUAUUUCUCUCUCUUGUUGCGCUUGGAAGGGAUAACAUUGAUAUAGGUAAGCCAUCAAGUUGUGUUGUGUUGUGCUAAGUGCGCAUAAAAGUAGUCAUUGUAAACUGUUACUUCAAGACUUAAAAGGAUACUUUUUGUUUCAAAGCAUCUUUCACAAUCCUGUUUAGAUGAAGUAUAAUAAUUUAAACCUAGUUUCUUCUUUUCUGUAAAGCCAGACUCGUAAAUAGCUAUUUGCCUGCGUGCGGUGAAGAUCACCUUCAGGCAAACAAGAGUGGGGAAGAUUUUAUAAAGGGAAUAAGAAUGGGUUUAUUCCUCUGACUCAGACUAUUGAUGGUCACUAAAAAGUGACCAAGCCAUUUUCAAACCAAGGAACAUGAAGAGGACUUUUUUUUUUAACUAACCAGGGUUUUGUUUUAAAACAAUAAUCUCUUAUUCAUAUUCAUUCAUAACUCAGGACUAAUGAAAACUCGGAGUAAAUGCUGCAGAAAUUUUUAUUCUGAGCUGAAGGUUUUGCUCUGGCUUAAUUCUAAUGCAUGCACCCAUGGUUUAGCAUUGUGCAAACCAGCCCAAUUUGCAAGCAGCUACUAUUUAUUUGUUGCUGCCACUAAGUUGGAACACCACUAAGUUGGAAGCACAAGCCAUUUGGGGGCCACCCAUCAGCCCCCAAUUGAGGUUAUUGGUUCGUCUUGCUAAUCUGGAUAUAACACAUUUUUUAAAAGGAAUUGUAUGAUGAAGUGCUUCAGGCAGGCUCUUUUGUGAAACAUGAAUGCAAAACUGUUGUCUAAAAUGGCAUCAGUCUCUUGAAAACACACACACACACACACACACACACACACACACACAGUAUUACAGAAAAGAACCAGACACUAAUAUUAACAAUAGUAAUAAUUCAUACAUCACAAAAGCAUAUAAAAUAUAUCUAUGUGGUGUACAACCACCUAACAUAUAAAAUCAAACCUUAAAGAAACAGAAAUACAGGAAUGGGUCAUCUGACAAGAAGGUUAUAAAAGAGUAAAUCAUUUUUAUCAGGUUUGCUUCCUGAGUUGGUGCCUAAAGUCAGCCGUGGACAGAGUGCCUUUUUCAGAAUCCCCUAUCUGAGCAGAGUCCACUGGGAAAUCCCCCUGCCCCAAGAAAUGAAUCGGAGCUGUGCAGAAAACACUCCUAGUUCAUAGCUAUCCCAAAGCUAAAGCAUUUCUGGCACCUGCUCCAUUGUUCUGGUAUAACCUCCCCCCUCCUGUCGUUACAGAUGCUUUUGACAGAGAAUACAAAAUGGCUUACGACCGCCUUACAGUAAAUCAGGUGAAGAGCACCCACAACUGUGAUAGGCCUCCAAGUACAGGAGUGAUGGAAUGUCGAAAGAUUUUUGGGGAGCCGUACCUUUAA